UUGGCCUGGAGCUUCAUGCAAGGUCACACCUUGCAGGGUAUGAAUGAUAACGAGAAGGAUGAAAACUAUCUGCAAUGCAUUACACCAUCAUGGACUGAAAUCAUGCAGUGCCUGAAAGGUCCCUCUGCUUAAAAAGACACAUUUACAGCCCUGUCUUAAGUUUGGGAAUAAACACCUUAUGAUUCAGAGAAGAUGAUGAGGUCAGAUAAGACUAAAACUAAAAUUUCUGGCAUCAACUCCUCUUGUCGUGUAUGGAGAGAGAGAAAUACUGAAAAUAAUCCCAAGAACACCAUCAAGCAUGGAGGUGGAAACAUAAGACUUUGGGGUUGUUCCUCGAUGACUUCACUGCAUUGAGUGGCCAAUUGAUGAAUCCAUGAAGUGUAAGAUCUUGGACAAGAACCUCCCCCCUCAGCCAGAACUCUGAUGAUGGGUCGUGGAUUGGUCUUCCAGCACGACAACAACCCAAAACAUUUGGCCAAGGCAACAAAGAUGUGUCUCAACAAGGAGCAUCUUAAGGUCAUCAUGAAGUGGCCUAGCCAGUCUCCAGAUCCUAGUCCUAUAGAAAAUUUGUAACGAAAGCUGAUGCUGCGAGUUGCAAAUCAACAGCCUCAAAAACUUGAAGGAUUAGGAGAGGAUCUGUAAAGAGGAGAGGACCAAAAUCCCUCCUGAGAUGGGUUCAAUUUAAUUUAUAACCUUAAUGUAAUGUUUAUUUAUGGACUUUUCUGUUGAUAUUGUGUCUCUACUUGUUAAAAUAAAGGUACCAUAAAGUUUACAGACUCCUCAUUCCUUUGUAAUCAGCAAAUUUACAAAAUCAGCAGGAGGUCAAAUAAUUAUUUUCCCCACUGUUUUGUGAAAGCCUUAAAUGGAUGUAUGAAAAGUGUAAGAGGUGACAUAAAAGGCCACAGAAUAGAAGCAAAGGAUGUAUGGGGUAACUUAGGAAGGAGGAUGCAAGUAGGCAAGUAGGAAGGAGAGGCUGCGGUCCGCAGACACAGCUGGUUCCUGACAGAGGAAGCCCAGACAGAGGCCCAGUCCUGCUGCCUGCUGCUGUCUGCAGCUAUCACCUCAGCCAGCACUGCUGCCUGGCCUCCCUAGAGGGCUGUGGCGCUGCAACACGGGAAUCACGCAAACUGUUACAUACUAACACACACUUCUGUUUUUCAGCUGCAGCGGCAAGCAAGCAAGCAAGGCAGGAGGAGGGUUCAGACGAGAGCACAGCCCCUUAGCCGGAGCCACACUGACCUGCCACUGACAUAGACACACACAUGUUCUCAUGCACUCUGCUGAUGAAGAGACGAAGAGAAAACAGGGGGCCCAAAAGGAAGAAAGGUGAACACACAGGAAUGACAAGUGUGGCUUUCGAUUUAGGUGGAGCAGACUUUUAAAUGAGGAGGAAGACCGUUGUGGGAAUAAACAUGCAACCACCAUGCAUCUUUGGCGCCCAGUGGUGUGUGCUGUUGUGAAGCAAAGAAACAGAACCAGAGGAAUACAAGAAAUGCACGACCAGGAUCUAACUCUGUGUGCGGAGGUGAGGGAUCAAGUGAAGGGAGCAACAUCUGACUUUUUCCUGACUCUUUUUGAGACUUACAUAACAGUUACGACUUUGUCCUUAGAUGGCAGUUCAGUGGGUCAUUCAGUGAUCUGAAGACUUCCUACUCAAACCUGGAAUGGUUUCAAAACAUUUGGACUUGAACUUCUAGCGGGGAAGCCUUCAAGCAUCUGUGGGAUUUUAAGCAUUGGCUUUCAGUCCAGACCUGCUCGAGUGCAAAUCGGGCCUUAGACUAAAACUGAUAAGCAACUUUCCUUUCCUAAAUCUUAGCUGUGGUGUUUCCAAGGCUCAGACAUGUCUGCAGAGGUCUAUUUGGAUCACCAGAAGACGGCCGACCUCAGAGCCGGGGCUUCCUCCGCUCCAGCUCUUUCUCCACGUGUCCCCACCGUGACUCUGAUCAGCCACAGAAAGCUGGGGGAGAAACACACCGUCCGCAGACUCCUGCCCGCAAGCCUCGGUGCAAACCUGGCAACCAGCAGCCUCUACAGAUGCAGUGAAGGUAGGAGCUUGUCAUUUGAAAGAACCUCUUCCAUGAAAUCUUUUGGCAGUGUGUUACGGUGAUGACUGAUGGAGGGUCCUGCAGCUGUCAGGUCUGCUCAUUAAGUUUGAGCGAUUGACGGAUAAUCAGUCUGUGUUGACUUAGCGUGCAUGCUGUAAGGACAAUACAAGGUUUCUUCAUCUCACAGGUAGACCUUUUAUUUGAUGAUUGAAGCUUGGGUUUCAAGGUUAAGAAUAACAUCAAACUUGUGCACCUUUUCUUCUCCAAGUAAGAUGUGUAAAAGUGAUCCAUCCGCUUAGAGGUUGGGUUAAAGAUAAUUUUAGCCACCAAGUGUAGUUUCUCUCCACAUUUCACUCAUUGUCAUAUAUUAUGGUGUUCAUAUGAGCUGUCAAGCAAAUAUCAUAACACUUAACAAGCCCAGUGGAGUGUAUUUGUCCUGUGGGACUGGAGAGGAAAAGGAAAGAGGUUUUUAGAGCACUAGGUGGGUGGGGGGUUCUUCCUUUGGGCUUCCCCAUGCAGCUGCGAGGGAAAAGAACCAGAUUGUGGAGUUUUGUGCUCAGCUUCAACAGCAGCAUGAAGAAACAUGCAAAUCAUGGGGCUCCAUCCCAUCUCAUGAUGAUGGGAAGAAGAAAAAAAAAAGUUUUUAGAGGGGGAAUUUUGCAGCUACGGGAGGAAUACUCAAAAGACAUCCAGGAAUAUGAAAAGGGAAGAAAAGGCAAAUGUAAUUGAUUCUUAAAGCGGUGACAAUACUGAAGUAGUGCCCGUUGGUCACAAAUGAAAACCUUCACUUAAAUCAGUUGAGGGUUUGAGGAGUUAGAUGCAUUAAGAAUCAGACAUUAAAGGAGCAAUUUUAUAGAGUCUAAAUAUGUAGAAACUGUAAGCCAGAGCGAGGACUAAUACCCAACGGAGUGAAUUACCUGCAGCGCCUGCCGUCUCUUGGCAGUAAUGAGCUUUGUGAACGUCGCAGUGAUAAGGCCUCUAUAAUUAGGCUUAGUCAUAAGCAUCCCCCCUGUAAUUCUGUGAUAAAAACCCAGUAGAACUCUGGUGUCGCUGUACCUACUCAUUCAUCUCCCUCUCAUUCACACAUACACAUAUUCAGACCUACAGUGAAGAAAUCAAAAUGUGAACAGUAAAUACUUGUCUUUGUUUUAAGCAGUUCACCUGAUGUAAAUGUGUAUGUUUUUGUGGAUGGAUGGAUGGAUGGUCCGGAGGUAUGUUAGCUCUGUAUGAGGGAGAAGCAGAAAUGUGUGUCCAUGCGCGUGCAUGUGUGCGUGCGUGCGAGGUGUUGUGAGCUGCAGCAUAGGCUUCCUGUGAGGGAGCAGAUGUCGCAGAGCUCAGGCACAGCUGCGACGGGCGAUAACCGCGGUGGCAAGAAUAUGUCGGCACGCUGGCUCUUCUCCCUGGGUCUUAUCAGCCGCACACAGCAUACAGACACACACACACACACACACACACACACACAUUUACACACACACACACACACUCAUAUAGACACUCUGCAAUAAGGAACUGCCACCCAGCAGUAGCACAUCGUCACAGCAGGCCCAGAUAGAGAGAGAGGAAGGCAAUGAGAGAGAUGGUGAAAAGGAAGGAGGACUAAAUCAAUGGACUUUGAGGGAGAAGGUGCAGUGAAUCCCUAACAAAGCCUUAGCACAUGUCUGCUGUAUCAUAGACUUUAUAAUUUAGUCCCAAUCCUAAUCCUUCAUGGCUAUAAGGAGGCUAUUCUUUACACUUUUUAUAUAUAGAGAGAGACCACUUUUAUUCAGCGUCCAAGAUAGAUACCACUGCAGCUUUCCCUGUCUGGACACAUCAUCAGCUUUGUCCAUCCAGUUUCAAACCCCGAUUUAAGAUGUUUCCAACUGACUUGUCUUUUGAACUCCUUUUAUUUGACUUCUCAAAAUUGUAAAGUUUAGUGUGUGUUUUUAGUGAGUCAAGAGCUGAGACACCUACCAUGCAUACAAGUUUUGCAAUUCUUGUGUGUGGAUGUUAUCUUUCUUUUCUUUUUUCUCACCCUUCAACAUAAAUGGUUUGCUUGGCACUUUUGUCAUGUCAUCAUUUCUCAAAAAGUUAAUCUGAUAUACUUCAUUAUCUAAAACCAAAAAUGACAGGACAAAAAUGUAGACGUGUUUGUCAAGGUCAUAACUGUAAUGCAAGUCUAAAAUAACACCACAUUUCAACAGAAAUAGGAAUGUAUUGCAUCUCUUUUGGUCUCGCGCGCACAAGAAAACACCGGUGUCAGAGAUCAUUAAAAAUGCGGAGGAAAGGGAUGAUGAUGCAAGAGAUAAGAGGAAGAAACACUGAAGUGAUAAAGAUUGGAUAAAAAGGGAAAGGCGUGUGUGUGAAGGAAGGCAAGGUGUUGUUGGGAGGUGAGAGUGUGUUUGUGUGGGUGUGUGUGGGCGUGAGAGAGAGAAGUAACCCUCUGUAUUUCCUCAGCACCAGCUUUGUGGUUUCUAUGAGGAACAGAUGUUCACAACUUGAUACAGUGCUUCAUCCCCCCUUUCUCCCUAUCUCCAGUGCCAGCACCACCAACUGUCUGCACACGCACAAAAACAGACUCACACACACAAACACACGUGCAUGCACACACAGAUUGUCUCUCAGGGAAAACAGUCAUUUACAGCAGUAACUUUUCUCGUGUGAAUGAACGGGAGGUGUUUUCACCUGCAUACUGAGGAUCUUUGUUGUCUGUUUCCCUCUGAGCUCAGGUUGUGUGUCCUGUCCUUGAGUCAACAACACUUGGUACAAUCAGAUGUCACUUCCUCCUUUAACGGUUUGCUCUUCUGUUGGUCAGCUGUGGCCCUGUGUUUAUCAGUCCUGUUUGAGCGUGGCUCUCUUGCCAAGGAAAACAAAUAAAUGCACUGGAACACUUAAUGUACCACAUCCAACCAGAACUCCUUAAAGUCCCACUCCUGUUGUUUUUUUUUCACUAUUUAAAGUGUUCUCAGUGGUCUUUUAAUUGUGAUUAUGAAGUUUUUAGCCAAAAUCGUGUUACCUGUGUCAUUUUCAAGGGCUUUUCUUCUGCAGAGCUCCAGUAGAUCUUUAGCAAUUCACCUCUGAGUCGUCGACGAAAACAGCGCUGCUCUGCACGCUCCUCUUCAUGCUAGCUUGCACCCUAACAUUUUCGAUGUAGAAGAAGUGGCAGGUAACAUAGGAGCUAUUCAGCUCUUGGACACUAAUGUCUUUGGGGGAUGAUGAAAGUAAAUAUCAUUAUUUGCUUUUCUACGAGCAUCGCAAACCACUAACGCAUACGCUUGUUCCGCGAUCAUCUUCUCUAUUUUUCUGACUGUUGCCUGCAUAGUGGAGCUCCAGGGGUGGAGCUUGGUUUUACUAUGUAAGAAAUCUCACUGUGUCUGAACCUGCCGUUUGGGUCUGCCAGAGAUUCACAGCGAUUUGUAUGCAGAAAUACUAAGAAAUGCAAUUUUGCACUUAUUUUUCUCAUUAUACAUCCUGUAGCAUCAGAAAAAUUCCAUAUGAACAUGUAGACAACAAGAAAAACCUGAUUUUCAUCAAAGUGGGUCUGUGAGAACAUUGCAUGUUUUUUCCUCCCAAUACCAGUCUGAUACCUCUGUGUUAGUAUCACAAAAUCCACUGAAAGAGCAGAAUAAGAUCCAAUCCAAUCCACUGUAUUUACAGAGCACAUCUUAACAAAAAAAUAAGAUGAAAAGCUGGAAUAAUAAUAAUAAAAAAAACAUGUCACAGAUGAAACACAUAAAGGUACAUAAAAGAAGGCGAGCCUAUCAGACCUCAAAAAAGAUAUUAAAAGGAAUAUAUAAAACCACCACUUGCUUUAUUCCUUGCUGGGUUUACAGCCAAAGAUUAAAAGUAAGUUUUGAGCUGAGAUUUAAAAGUGUUAACAGUCUCCAACACUUUAAUAUCAGAGGGGUAACUCAUCCCACAGUUUGGGGGCCACAGCAGAGAAGGCAGGUCACCCAGGGUUUUCAGCCUGGUCUUGGAGAUUAUAUGAAUUAGCUGAUCAGCAGACCUUGAGGGGGUGUAGAAAUGAGGGGGUCAGAGAUGUUCAGUGGUGCUGAUCCAUUUAAUAAUAAUAAUAACAAUACAAUCUCAAAAUUAUGUAUACAUGUUGUUGAUUGGAAACAUACACUGCUGGCAUUUGCAACUUUUGACUAACGUUACUCUAGCUGUCAACACUAAAGUUUCCUGUUGUCAUGGUUACAAGAUCAUCAUGAUAUUUACCUGAAACUAGCUUGUCAACUAUGGCAUUACAUGGGCCUUGGAUACACCCCACAGUAUGUCAUUAGCCUGUUUUUAUUUGGUCCUUAUAUAUCAAAGAAAUAAAAGUAAAAAUUCGCUGCUCUUCAGUCUCAUCCUCGAUGCUCUGACUGACUUUAUGGGAAAAGCAGAUUGUAAAUUUUGCACAAUAUGGACAAUAAAUGAAACUAUCCUGCCCUGCUCUGCACAGAAAUAGAAAUAAGUCAAAUAUGAUUUGUAGAUGGCCAUAUUUAGGAAAAAUCUAUAAUUGGAUUAAAAAUUACUGUCAAAGAUCGUGGGAUCGACACAGAGCCAAUCAUACUGUUUUAAGAGUAAACCAUUGUGUAGUAUUUGGAGUCGCUCUGUAGCAGAAACAACCCUGGCAGUCAAGUAUUUCAAAGGACAUUAUUUCUCCCAAAGAGCACGAAUUGAAUUUUGAAUUCCCAUCAUGUCUGGAUGAUUCAGACAACCAACACUUUGCUGCUCGAUUGCAAACAAAAUGUCAGAGGGUCUAUGGGUGCAAUUUGUAAAAGCAGCAUUCCAGCGUACGUGCUUGAGUGGGUGGGUCAAUGAUCCGUUACAGCAUGGCAUAUUACAGAAAGACUCUCUGCCUCAUCCUCUUUCACAACAUUAUGGAGCGGCGUUAGGACAAGCACACUGUGGAGAUGUUAACAUAAAAAUGGAAGAGAACAACAUCCUGAGUAACCUCUUAAGCGCGCUUUCAGAGAAACUGCAGUAAAGGGACGUUUCUUCACACAAACACAAUCAUUCCUCUCUGUAAGGCACAACUCAGAGGUUGUUUUUUUUCCUGUUUUUGAUCAAGUGAGAUGUUCUCUUUCCUCACUGCAGACUUUAAUGAUACCUCCAUAAGACUGUUAAAGGUGCAUAAAAGACGAGAGGAUAGGAGAAGAAGAGGAGAAAGCGCGGGAACACAAUGGGUCUGGUGUUCCUUUCAGACGGCUCAGGGCCUUAUCUCAUUUCAACACACUAGCCUGCGACUGCCACUAUAGGAAAGGAUUUACAAUGUGUGUGUGUGUAAGUGCAGGAACUGCUGCAAACUUCUGCCUCUCUCUCUCACUCACACACACACACACAUUUAGAAAAAGUCAUUUCUAUGCCAGUAAAAUGACCAAACCUUGCAUCAUAAGAAGUGCUUAACGAUCCAGGAGACGCUGUCAACAUCACAGAGUUCAGAUCUGUGUGUGUGUGUAUGUGUGUGUGUGUUUUUUUGGGUGACGCAGAGAUAAGCAGAGUGAAAUAAAAGAGGAGACAAAGCUAUUCUAAUGCCAUCAAAGGAGCUUUCAGUUGAAUAAGACGGCAUGGAGAGUUCAUCCAGGCGAGUUCCCACCUUAUGUGCGUCUCUUUGUGCAGUUUAUCAGGACGACCACAUUGGAGUGUCACAGCUAACCCAGUGACCGCUCGACAAAAGGCCAAAUUAAGAGGAGUGAGGGACUGUCGCACGGGGAGGCUGACAGGUUGACUGACGUCGCUCCCGAGGAGAAUAGCAUCCUGUCAAUCUCAUGAGCUGUCACCUUGACAGGAAUCCUUUCUUUGAAUGCAACCCCCAUUGCCCAACCUUUCUGUCACUCAAGGCCACACACACACACCCACACACACACACACUUUGACAUGCACGCACACCUUUUCUUCCCUUAUAAGUAUUCUGCACAUGAAACAAAUAAGCCUUCUAUAGCCACAUACUAAGGAGACGUACACUCACAAACAGCUGCAUGUGUACACCUAGGGCCAUAACUCUAGAGGAGAGAAAAGUGAAGAGAGGGAGUUUCAUAAACACUCCAUCCAUCUCCUUGACAACCGUACUUCCACCAUGUUAUUCUACACAUGUUGCCUCUAACAGACCCACCUUGUAAUAGCUUGUGCAUCUGCUUAUGUGUGUAAUGUUGGUGUGUUUUACUUUGUAUCAGUGUGUGUUUGAACAGUAAAUCAGCUUUGUAUGGAUUCAACAAAUUCAUCAGCCCGGCGUAUCAGGUCAUAUCAGUUUGUUUCCUCUUUUACAGGACACUUUUACACACCAAUCCAUCGAAGUCAGGACUUCUUCCUGCCCUGCUUUUUCUUUUCUGAAUCCAUUUUCCUGCUCUUUAAUAUAUGAAGGCAGUGUUUGUGUUAGAGGAUGCAUGGUGAGGCUGGUGAGACUAGAGUCAGGGCAGAGCAGCUGUCUGUGUGUACUUUACAAGCUGGUUCUGUUUGUUCUGUAGACACAGGAGAGGUCAGGGGGUUGUCAGCUUUGUCUUCUGUCCCCCACUAUGGCUAUGUGUGUGUAUGUGUGUGUGGUAAGGUGUGUGUAUGUGUCCGCCAGAGGGAGAGAGAGAGAGAGGCAGGUGGGUGGGGUAAGAGCCUAACAGACCAGUGUGGACAGGUGGAGGAUUCUCACUAUAGAGGAACCAGAUGUACCUGCCAUUUUCUCCGCCUGUGUUUGUCUACCCAUAUACAUACUUUUAACAUGAAGUUGUUUAUUCCUAAGUGAUGGUGCAGUUUGUAGUAUCCAAAUGUGACGUGGUCAUUCAAAAGUCUAUCUUUCAUCUACAGAAAUGGCAGGACGGGACACAUCUGUGAGUGCAAAGAGAUGAGAGCUGUGUGUGUGUUCAAAACAAAGUGAUGCUAAUUGAAGUCAAUUUAAAACAUAUUGAAAUAAGUAAUAUAGCAAAAUACAUGGACUUGAUAAUAGAAUUAAUGUAGAUGAUAUAAGUAACAUAAUAACAAGACAUUUUAUGUGUAGGGGCCUUUCAAAACAGUCAAGGUUUCCAUACGAGGCAGUUUUAAAAUAAGCAGCAAUGUUAACUAAACAUAUAAAUGCAUAAAAUCAACAAAUUAAAGAACAUUUAUAGCUAGUCUAAACACACCAUAAAAACUGUUGUUUAGGACUGUGCGCUAGUGAUGGGCACGGCAGUUCACUAAAGUUCACUUCACUGAAAGUUCUCAGUUCACUAAAAAGAUUUGUUUAAAAGAUACGUUCACCAAAUCACCAAAUCAUUUAGCUGGAGAAGCCUGCGACUCCGACCUCCUGAACUGAUACACAGCUGAACGUUUUAGGAUUUCAUAGCUUCUGGGGCCGGGAGAUGAGAGUGUUGAGAGCUAUGUUGAUUUGGCAAACAGGUUUGUAAAAAUGAACUUGUUUAUAAGUCAUGAUGUUUUAAGUGUACACUCCUAUGGUAUGCUAUUUAUCAGGUCUGCUCAGUAAGUUGGGCUCAGUGAGUGAUUCGUUCACUGAAUGUCACACUGAACAUGCACCGUUCCCUCGCAAACCGCUGCAAUGAUAGGAUGCUGCAGGUUUAAUGCACUACUUGUUACAUGCUGUGUCCUAUUGUAUGAAGUUGUUGUGGUGGCAAUUUAGCAGUGGAAAAAAAGGUAGUUUUGUCCGACAAAAAUGAUUCCAGAGAGUGUAGUUCAAUGCGUGAUUUGUUCACCAAGUGAUUCAGACGUCGGUGCAUGUGGUCCCUCGUUCGCCAGCUGCUGGCCUGGCAACGCUGUUUCUCACUUCAGCUCAACUGAAGUGAGAAACGAACGAAUCACUUGAGGAAGUGAUUCAGUUCAGUACGUUCACUUAAAAGAUUCGGUUCUUUUGAACGAAUCGUUCAGGAACGACACAACACUACUGCGCGCAACAUGCCUACCUGCGCUUCCUAACUACUCAGCUACCGUAAUAUUCGCUGUUCUAGUCUACACGUAACUUUUUUUUUUUCUCAUUCAUGAAACACUUAAAUCAGGGAAUUUUCUGGGGUCAUCUCAAAACAGAGACUUUUCCUGGAAAUCGUUGACGUCUUGUCACCUCCUUCUAAACUAAGAGUUUUGAAGCUUGAUUCAGAAACGUAAAGAGCGUUAAUAUUUAUGGAGGGCCCAAGCCACCCCAUGAUCACCCCUUUAGAGACGCCCCUGUUGUAUUGUCAUAGCAAACUAUGGAAACUAGAAAAAUUCUGUUGACUUUGUAAACCAGAAACAAAAGCCUUAUUUUUUUUCUUUUUUGCAACAAUAUAAGAAUUGGAAUAGUCUCGUUUCGCAGCCUUAUCAUAGUCCUAUAACAGAUGUCCCACUGUCACCUUUAAAAAAUACAGUGUUUUAACUGCCAAUUAAAGAGGAUGUUAAGAUGUGCUAUAUACACUGGAACAACAUAAAUGCAACAUUAUCAGGCACUAUAAAAAAGACAUAAAGAUGCAUAUAAUGUAUGCAGAGCAGUAAAAAGGGAACAUUAAUGAUAGUGAUAAAAGGGCUAUUUUCCAUUCAAGACAGCCAUGCUAUCUUCAAUCUAUUCACCUGACUGUUGAUGACAACUCAAGGUAAACUUAACAGAUUUUACAAGCUCCGCACUCUUUACUCUUUCUUUGUUCACUGCUGUCUCGGGAAGUUGUUCUUGUCAUUUUUUUGUGCUAAAUAAGUCAGAUAAAGUCUGCAGUCUCGUGGACUCCAUCCUGCUCCACCUUGUUGUAGUCCUGAUCUGAGGAAACAGCGGCCCCCACGGGCAGACAGCGGCACAGCAACAUAGUCUAACUGGACCCCUUUUGAUUUGAUGCUUUUGGUAUCAGGUUAUAAACAUAAAGGAUUGAAUAUAUUGCAGACUGCACUUUACAGUCCAUACUUAAACGCAACUACUUCUUCUCUUCAGCUACAAUCCUUUAUGUAAAAGUAGCUGUGUUUUAAUCUUAAUUACAAAACAGUGUUUAUGCAUGUCUUGUUAAACCCCACAGCAUAUUUAUUUACCAGAGGCGUUAUCUUAAUUUAUCAACAUAAAAUUUUGGGGUUCAUGUGGAUUUUUCUUCAAUUUUAAGAGGAUUCCUGUACAAUAGCUGCCAGCUCCUGUGUCUCUGAUGGUACCAGAGAGAGAGAGGGAGAGAGAGAGAGGGAGAGAGAGAGAGAGAGAGAGAGAGAGAGAGAGAGAGAGGUUAGGAGCUCCAGAUGGUGUUUAAACGCAGACAGAAGGCUACAGCGAGGACAGAGAGAGAGGAGGAGGUGGAGAGAGAGCCGCGGUUACUGCGCACAGUGGGCCCGUACGCUCCACUCAUCACUGAGGACAAAACAACUACUCUAUCAAACCCGAAAUUAUUCUUCGGCUGGAAAAAAAAGAAAGCCUAAAAUUAGCCCAACUAACUGAUAAUUACUCCGGGAGAAGUGAAUCUUUCCCAGCAGCCUGUGAAGGAGGCAGGUCGGUAGAGGAUCGGCGGCGCGACGGAGAGAGAGAGAGAGAGGAGGAGAAGGACCGUACAGAGAAACGUGGAGAGUCCCCGGGCUGAAGAGAAACUGUGUUUUUCAACCAGAAAAGGAAACUGAAUUCAUUUCCCUGGAUGUAUAAUGACUUGUUCCUGACAGCAGAGACUGUGGCUGAACUGUGAACUAAAGAAGAGGGUUUAAAGUUGGAGGAAUAACAGACGCACCCUGCAAACAGGAGGACCCGCAUCUUCAUAUUUUGCGUUUUUACGCGAGCACUCGUGGACUUCACAGCAACAAAACAAAACCCCCUAAAUAGUUUUGUCUGCUUGUACCGAACUAAACGGACCUUCUUCCAGCUUGAACCUUCGUUUCUUCUGUUAUUCUUUCAGUCUGAGCUGGUUACCAUGAGAAAGAGAGUGGAUUUACAUGACUGGGACAAGUUGUGAUUUCUUUUUUUUCCUUACAUCACUGUCAACACCAGGAGCUGUUUGCUUUCUUUAAAAAAAAAAAACGGACAGCGAAACCAAAGACAUUCAAGUGCGUAAGGAUCCAAAAUUUAGUGUCUUCCUUUUUCGGUAUUACUGAAAAAAGAAAUACCUCAUAAUUUAUUAAACCCUGGAAAGUCAGAAAUCAUCCUUCGUGAACUUUGAAAGGAAAGUUUAACAUUUUCUUUUGUACAAGACUGUGGCGUCUGCCCCUCUUUCCUCUCCAUACUUCAAAGAAAUAAAAGAAAUCCGAGGAUAACACCUUAAUAGUUCACCGAUCUAAAGCAAAUAAGGCUUUACCCCUUUUUUCACCCAAAUAAUGAGGAUUGAGACGGUAUAAAACCUGUCUGAGAAACCAUUCGGUGUGGAUUAUCACCGCUACAAUUACCUCAGCCUGACCUCGACCUUCACAAAGUAAGUACAACCUGCAGACUGGAGCAGAGCAUGGGGAAACAUUUAGUUUGUUAUUGAUUUAAAUUCGUUUUCUAGAUAUCAGAUAUUUCAAGAGCUGGAGCGUAAUCAGUUUUUCCUGCUUUCUGAACAUCUGUUGUGAUAAAAAAAGGGGUUCACACUAUCAAGAGAAAGCUGCUUUAAUAUCACAAAUUGUAUCUCCUGUUUUGAUAAACAUCUUUCAGUAGACUGAGUUUAAGAAGAGUGCAAACCAGACCUGCUCUCUCUGUUGUCUUGAACAUGUCUUUUUAUCAUUUACCUUAUCCUCUCUAAAUGCGUUAUUUUGCAGUUUAAGUCGUCUCCAGACAGUUAAGUGUAUGAAACACAGAAAAAAAAAUAUUGUCAGUGGAAAAGCACUUUUUUUCUGAUUCAGUUGUUCCUGCACAUACAGAUGGUCCUGGGAAUUGUUGCAUGUUAUUAUUUGUCUGUUCUUGGCGAUGCAGGCAGCAAUAUGUUUAUUGGAUGUGUACACCCUCAUCUUUUCAUUUACUUCUUUUGUUACCUAAAAGUGACCAAAAUGUGACUGCGAACAAGAGGGAGAGGGAGCGGGAGAGAUAUAAAGGGUUCAUGUGUUGUUUGCCUCAUCAGCCUGUGCUGCACAUCAAAGUGGUGCUGCACAAAGUGAUGACUCUAAAUCUUUGCUCUGUGAACUUGGUGUUCACCUGGACUGGAUGAAUGAUGAUGUGUGUGAAGUGAUACAUUCAGACCCUUACCCUCAACUGAACUCCAGUAACCCGCUAUUUUACUGUACUUUACUUUAGUCCAGAACAAAAGAAACUUUUUAAGAGAUCAACUGUUUCUUUUUUAAGUGCAGGGUGUUCCUGUUGCACUGUGGAAGAUACAAACUCGAGACAGUAGAAGACAGAGGUAGAGGAAGUGUUUAACAGGGACACUAUGGCAACAGCGGGAAAUAAACACAGCAGAAAAUUGAUUGAAAAAGCUUGAAUCAUGGUGGGUAAUUUCUACUGACCCUGGUGACUGUGGGGGACACUCCCUGUGAAGAAUAUGUCCUGCCAGAGGUUUCUCCUCCCUGACUUGAACAGCCUCAGCAGCGCUCUCUUCCGCCUGUGAGUGCAACAGUAAAACACUCAGGCCAUUUUCUCUGCAGGAUGCGGCCCUGUAUAAUUGGCCCUGGUAAAUAUCAUCUGAAUAAUUGAACAGUUGAUAAUAGUCUCGAACAAUAGACGGGGGGUUGCAGAGGUGAAACCGCAGUGCACACACCCAGCCCCACCGCACAUUAUACCUCCAUCACCACCACCACAAACGGGCAUCUUUUCCUCUCCACCUCCAUCCCUCAGCUGGGCCCUGCUGGCCGUCCGUCCGCUCAGGCAGAUGUCCCCUCUUCAUCAUUAAGUAGCUCUCUCUUAAAAGGCUGACCAUUCAUUCUGACCUCAGAGUGUUUAUUCACUACAUAUAGACCACAGGUGCAUGAAUGGGAUGUACUCUGUAAGAAGGAGGCAUACCACAUGGUACAAAAACAACAAAAACAUGGUAUACAAGUAGAUGAUUAGCUGAACAAGAGCAACAAUAUAUGCAUAAACAGAAAGCGUUUACAGCUCAGCUCAAAUCAGUAUGUUAAAAAUAAAGAUGGAUUGAUUGAUUGAUAUCUUUAUUUUGAUCAUGUAAAUGAACCUAAAAACAGUUAAAAAUACAAAUAAAAGAUAAUCAGAAUAAAACAAAACAAAACAAGACAGUAGUUGUAUCUGCAGUCCUCAUUUUUUAAGCCCCUCAGCUUACAUGAGCGAGAAAGAGUAGGAAAAGCAGUAAGAAGAAGGCUAAUUUAAAAUGUGAAUAUCAGGCUUUUGUUGGAGAGUGAAAGAUAUUUGUCAGGACCUCAAAUCUAUUUUACUUGUCGAAUUAUUUUAUUACCAAAACAAUGAGAAACUGGAGAAACACUUCACUUAGUCCUCCCUUCUUUUCUUGUUUUGUUAUUCAGUGAUCUAUCGCUGCUAUUCUAGGCACAUCAUAUCAUAACGUUUCACCACAAACGUAUCAGAAGAACAAUAUUUUUUAUGUUCCAUGCAUGCCAGUGUUAACAAGGUAGUCAACAGUGAAUAACAUCCAAGGAAAAACUGCACAAGAUGGUGCAAGUCCUUCCUGUUUUUUCAUCUUCUCGUGUGUGUGUGUGUCAGUAAGUGUCUGUGUCGCCAGGUGCAGGUCAAAAGACUGUCUGCACCUGAUCUGGGUAUACAGCUUACAUGUUUGCCGUAUGAGUGUGUGGGCUUGUUGAGUGCGCUUUAUUCAUGUAUGUGUGGUAAUUAUUGUGAUCUAAAUGCGGGCUGUGCAGGUGAAACUGGCUGGCUUCUAAUUAAUGAGCAGAGCAGAUGGCCUCGGGUGGGCGGUGGUGGCGGUGGUGGAGCUGCGGGUGCACAGUGAGCCGGUCAGGUGGUCAACUCAACACACACAUGCACACACACCUGGACCGUCGCAAGAUGGUCAAGGCGCAGUCACCAGGGCUGUUUGUGUGAUUACAUGUGUGCGUAGACGGAUUUAAUGUCGUAUGCAAACAAACACGUACAUUGUGUUUUAUCCAGUAUUGCGUGUUUUAACACUAAGUUGACUCUUUUUAUUGUGCGUGUGGAGCUGAUGUGUCCCACAGUUAGUGUUUGAGCCUUUUCCUUUAUAUCGUGUGGUGUUAAAUGUAUGCUCUGUGGGAUUUUCCCCUCUAUAGUACCAUGGCACUUUUACAUAUACUGUACAUUAUAGAAAUCACAUUCAAGAAGGUUGUUUACAUUUGCGUUGAAAUCGCCCAUAUUUGUGCAGCUCAUACUGUAAGAUGUUGAUUUAAAGUCUCACUCCUAUUGUUUUUUUUUUAAUAGUCAAAGUGUUCUCAGUGGUCUUUAAAUUGUGAUUAUGGAGUUUUUCGCCAAAUUCACGUUACCUGUGUCAUUUUUAAGGACUUUUCUUCUGCAGAGCUCCAGUAGCUCAUUAGCAAUUCGCCUCUGAGUCGCGGGUGGAGACGGCGCUGAUCUGCACACUUCUCUUUGAAUGCAGAAAUAACCAGAAUUGCAAUUUCGCAGUUUGUUUUCUCAUGAUAUGUCCUGUAGGAUCAGAAAAAUUGCAUAUGAACAUGUAGAUGACGAGAAAAACAUGAUUUUUAUCGUCAUUGUUACUUUACCGUGAACGAUCAGUCUGACACUCAAAUAGGGGACUAUAUUUUUCUGAUUAGCUGAAUGGCGCUACACCAACCCCCAAUAGAUGGAGGGGUAUAGGCUACUAAAAAUAAGAGUGGAAGUUUGCUGCUAUUUAUUUUGUGUCACGGAGAGGAAAUAGCUGCUGCAGUUUAAACUGUAAAUACUGAGGAAGCCAUAAUUGUUGGUAAGAUGAGGGGUUUUACCAUUCCUACCCGACUGUGAGUGUGUGUUUUCAUGGUAGAAGCAGAACAUGGCAGACUGCUCAUUUGCAGCGGUUUUUCGAGAGGAGACAGGGACGUGUUAAUGUCGAAGUCACAUGGUUUCGUCUGUAUUUCUACGGUCAAAUUAACAGCAGUUCUAGCAGACUUGAUAUGACUGACUAUGUAAUGACGAUACAGUUCAAAUGAGUUCAAAGUGUGCUACAUGGUGUUUUUUGAGAACACAGAGCAUGAGGGUGAUGGAAGGAGUGAUGAAGUGACUUUCCCGAUGCUUAAUCUCUAUGGUUUCACUGCUGUUUAUUCUAAUACACAGCGGGACAGACCAGUGUGGUUCUGGCUGCCUUGCGCUCCAUCCUCCUUCACUUGUGUGUGUGAGUGUGUGUGUGUAUGUGUUGGUUUGCUCCUGGUCUGUUCCACAUGUGUUUGACAUUACUGUGACAAGGCUGCCCAGCCUCUCGGGGGAGAUGGAGAAUGUCAGAGAGUAGAGCAGAGAAGCGAACGGCUUCCCAACAUCUGAUGGAAUGAGAAGCACACUCACUGGAUGGCCGGCCUGCUGACGCCACAGCGUGGGAGCAGAGUGGAGGGUGGAGGCCAAGUAAAACCCCAAAUGCGUGUGUGUUAAAUAUCACUCUUUCUCCAUUUCCUCAUUUGGUGCCCUUACAUGUGCGUAUAUCCUCUCAUUCCCAGGAAUAACACUUAUAAACACACACGUAAUCUAAAUUCCUCCUAUGCCAGCAUUCACUGGAACUAUCAAGUGUGGUUUCUCUACAUUUCCAUGGAUGCAGAGCAGGGGAAGUGCUCUUUGCUACCUUACCUACACCGUCUGUGGCUGAGUAUUUCUGGAAAUUAUUUGUUGAAUUGCCUCUUCAUUACUCCGACGUAUACAGCUCUGACAAAUUGCAUCCUCAAUUAUGCAUUUCAAAAGACAGCGCAUUUUUUCCAUCGCACAGACAUGCUCCCUCGUAAAUGCAACUGUAAACAAGUGUCACAACAUUGCUGAAUUGCUGACAGCUAGAGAAUGAGAAAAGGCUUCCUCCUCCUCCCUUCCUUGUCUUGUGCCUGCUUCACCUCCUGCUCCCCCCCUCCUCACCUUUUACUUCCCCACUUGCCCGCCAACCUCUGACCUCAUUUUCACCCUUGGGCUACUCCCUGUCCCAUUCUCCCAGCAGCACCUUCCUUGUCCUUCAUGGUAGGAAGUGUGUCCAGAUCCGAGUCAGACACAGGAAACAGCUGGGCUAAUCUACAGUAGCCCUGCGCUCUGUGUUAAUCAGGCCUAGCGGACAGGUCAGCGGAGAAAAUGGGAAGUUCGUAUCAACCAAUGCUACCUGAUAUAAUGGGUCCCUCCCUUUCCUUGUGCCUGACAUAGAGGGUUUUUAUCACAGGCAGGGGGUAAACAAGUCCAAAAGAGCACAGAUUGAUGUUAUUAAGGCCUCCACUUUGAAUCAGUCUUCUCUGGACGUCUGGGGAAGUGCUACGAGCAUUCAGACUGAGAUUGGAGAGGAAAGCACGUCUCUCUCUAACUCUCUCUCUCUCUCUCUCUCUCUCUCCCUCUCGCUCCAUGUACAGUAUUUGUGAAAUUAAAAAAGCCGUUAUCUCCUGGAAACAGAUCCUGUGCCACACAGAUGGUUCCGUCUCUCUUCAAAUGGGACGCUGAGCCGCUGAGUGCCGUUGUGUUACCAGUUAGCUGUACAGACCCUAUCUCAGCUCCAGCCUUCCUUCCUCUGCUCUCUGUCUAUCUGUCUACACACACACACACACAAACACACACUCUCUCUCUGACAAACUUUACCUUUCCUAGAUAAAAUUAUGGCAUGUGGAAAGAGCUAAUUUCACCAGAAGAUGGAUGUUUGGGCUUCUGAGGGUAUUUGAAGUGCAGAGAGAGAGGAAGUCGGAGAUGUUCUUGAUAUGUCAAAGGGCAGUAAGAUGAGUGAUCACCUGGCAUUUCAUUUGUCACCACCAGCAUGGUAUACAAUUUGUAAUUGAAGGUUUCCACUGAGUCUUUUUAAGUAGUUCCUUUGACAAAGCUCAGCCUAUUACUCCUGUUUUCUGACCUCAAGGAGGACAUCGCUGAUAGAACGGUUUUUACACUCACAGGACGAUUGAAGACAAGUAGGAACUUUAGGGCAGAAGUGACGGGGAGCACAUUUCUAAAGGAAGCUGAUUAGAUAAUUCAGUCAAAAGCACACAAAUCUCGCAGCACACUGUCAUGAUAAUUUAGUCCUCAAACAUGUGGUUAAGUAUCUUAUUUGACUAUUCUAACUGGUGUUCUCAAGACAAAAUGAGUCAAAACUGGAAUUAUCAUAUUCUUAUUGAGACUUUUAUCGUUAUCGCCAAAAUGGCAAAUCUUACCGUGCUAAUUUUUUAGCCCAUAUCGCCUGUUGUAGUGGGUGUUGGCAUCAUAUUAAAAGGUGUUCUUAAUACUUUGCCCCCUCCCCCCAUAUUUGUUAAUAAAGUGGACAAAACAACAGAAACACUUUCCAAAAUAACACUCCUGUACACCACCGCUCACCACUGCAUCUUCAGUGAUAAAAAAGUUGUGAUCACCAGUGUCAUCGUGUCAAGAAAAGCCUCCUGAAAGUAUAAUUUGUGGUAGAGCUGUUGUGUUAGAUAACAUAAGGCUGCAUUGGCCCUAUUGUUUAUAAUGUGAUGCUAAUUGUCCAAUAUCAUAAUGGUAAGACAAAAUAAACACGAUGACAGAAAAAACACAUUUGAUCAUUUAAGAAUCUUCCAAGUUCUUGAAAAAAGGUUUAUCAUGUCAAAUAUAGACUUUAAAACUUAAUUUGUGAAGCUUAGAAAGAUUGAGAAACAGACUACAUCAUGUUCAAGCGUCAAGUUUUGUCCAUUUUAACUCCAUGUCACUGUAGUUUUAUCCUCAAAAUUAAAGCCCUAUACCUGAAUCUGACCUCUUUGUGACAGUAGGCUAUUAAAAUGUGCAAAAAACACUCCCUGAUUCUAAUAUGGUCAGUCAAACCUCUAAUGACACACAAAAGGGCAGCACUGAUCCUUUAAAGUCCCAGUGUUUGCUGUCCACUAACUUCACAUGACGGUGGGUCAUUUUAAUUAGCUCACAUAAUCACCAUGUUAUUGGCACCACAGUGGCCCUCUUUCUUCACCCGCUCGCUCUGUUUUUGUGGCGGCGUCCUGUAGUCGGCUGGUGUCCCACAGGAGGAGCUGGUAUUUAUUUCAGCAGCUUCCAGCAUGAGCUGGCUGUGGGCUAAAUGGAGAAACUGUCAAAGCUUCUCUCCAACCUGUCACAUGAGUGUCCCCCCCCCUCCCCUCGCUUCUCCCGGUGUUUUUGUGCGUGUCAGUGUGUGUGUAUGUGAGAAACCUAUGGGGUCCUGCAGGAUAAUACAGAACACCCUGCCCAUGCCUGGCUAAUGUCAGGAGCUAUUGUUGCUGUGCCUGCGAGCCAAAUGAAGAGGCAUGAGAGCGCUGGCAGGCUGCAGGAACAGUUCAGGCUACAGACAGUGUUGUCAGCGCUGACAGCUCCAUAGUGACGAGCAGACAUUUAACACUGAAAUGAAAUGAAAUACAUGACAACAAGCAGGAGAAUGACUAAUCUGCUGUUUGUUUUCCCAUCUUAGCUGUAAGUGACAGCUCAGUGUCAGGUUUUUAGCAGCACACAAAGCAAAGGAGGGAGGGGGGAAAAAAUGAUGCAGCCACGAUUCAUAUUUACAUGUGAAGAGUCAGGAUGAUGAGGGUUAUGAGGACAGCCAUGAAGUGUGUGUGUGUGUGUCUAUGUGUGUAUGUUGCCAGGGUCAAAUCGAAGUCUUUUGUGCUCCAUAAAUCAGCAGGCAGCGGCAGUAGCAGUGACGUAAGAACAAACAGAGCCGCUCUCUGGCUGCAGCUGGCUGGAAAGAGGGAGAAACAGGAAUACAGAGAGGGGAAAGAGAGAGCAGGACAGCAGCUGUCAGGCCUCCAUCGCACACCUGUCACACAGGAAGUGAGCGCUGGCCACUGUUUCCUGGAUACACCUCCUCAAACAGCGCUCCUGGAAGAAACGGAGGGAGGACAUCUGCUGUGAGGGAGAGAUAGACAGGUGGACAGCCUGACAUGAUCAAUGAUAAAGAGAUUUGCUGGAGGAAAUGUCAAAUAACAAGGGUGAAAACAAAUGCACUUUCUCAUGCCUGUUUUGUGAUUUGUGUGUGCGUGUUUGCGUGUUUUCCGAUUAAGAGGAUGUUUGUGUUAUCGCUGCGCUCUGUGACAGACAGGUCACUCUGUGGAGACUUCAGCCUAACUCUCCCACAAAUACAAUAAGCCCACAUGUCCUAAACUUAACACUGGGACAUUCCCACGCUUUCUCCUCUCACCCCACCCCGCCUCCCUCCAAACCAAUAUGAACUAAUCCAGAUGUAGUGUAGCCGCUCACAGAUGUACGCAUAACUCUCUUCACAUGUUUUUUUUUUUUUUUCUUCCACGCAAAUGCUUCUCGGCCCUUCAUGUUUCUGUUUUCCCCAGCCUCUCUCAUCACUCAGAUCACAGUCUCGAACUGAUCCCUGCAGGAAGUGAUGUCACUGGGUGCCGCAGCGCUGCUGAUGAGGCACUUGGAGCUGUUGUCUCCUGUCUUGCUUCUCCUCCCAGCCUCCAGAGCAGCUCUCUCUCUCUCUCUCUCUCUCUCUCAUAUUACGACUGUUGAUGGUAGAAAAGCUCCUCUUUGUUUGUCAGGCUUGUCAGGCUGGGUCCUCCUGAGGCCCCCCUUGCCCUAUUCCCAGGCUGCCCUUCAUGCUGCCUGUAUGCAAUUAACGGAGUAAUUAAAAGCCUGAUGAGCUAAUUGGUGCUGGGUGAGGCUGCAGGUGUUUAGAUCAGGGAGUGUAUUUAUGGAAGUGCAUUUAUUGUAAACAUCCUCCGACAGAAAGAAGGAGGGCUUGAUUCAAACAUUAUUUCUCCUUAUCGCUCGUUUUAUAUUCAACUGUUUCAAACUUAGAAUUGGCUUUUUGUUAGUUAGUGAAUAAGUGUAAGUCAUUGUAGUCAUUUGUUGUUUGGUUUUAAUACAAGAGUUCUGCUAUCUGACCACAACCAGAUGUUCUGGAGAUGUCUGUCAUAUCCAGGUCACACAGCAUAACUCUAAAACCAAACAGGUGUGGUUGUUUUCAGUGUUGUUCAUUAAGUGAUGCCUCUCUCUCUCUCUCUCUUUCUGUGCCAAUCAUGUGUGCAAGCAUGCGUGCAGGGUGCUGCAAGUCGAUGUGUAUCAGUCAGAAGGAUGCAUCAAAAAGAGAUAAUUAAUUGCGUUACCUGGUUAGCUAGCAGUCUGAAACUUCACUUUCAAUUCUCAGGUCCAGCUUUGGUUCAAACAAUACCAGCUGCAAUUAGUUUGGUCAGAUAUCACCACUGCCUUCCCUUUAUUUAUGGGGUUUUAUUAAGAGAACUGUAGAGCGAGCCAGAAAAAAACUUGGAAAAAAAAAAGAAAACACUUCAGGAUGCUAAUCUUUUUCUUGUGAUGUAAUUUUAGAAACUGUCACAGGUGGAGUUUUUAAGUCAUGUGCAGAACUCUUUUUCUUCAGCUAACUGGAUAAUAAAAAAAAAGAUUACGACAUGUCUGAUGGAGCCUACUAACUGGGUUCAUUUGAAAGAAGAAGAUAGUCUGAUUUGGAGGUUAAAACGUGGCAGCCUGAGGCUGAGCUCUCAGCUGGCAAAAUGAGGCACAUGGCUGGCGGUAUAAAGAAGAAGAUGUAGACAAGAGGGAACAAAGGAGAGUUAUCAUGCAGAGCAGAGGCUUCAUGGAAAUCCUCCUCUCUGCUCACGUCUGUCUGUCUCUCUCUGACCUGCUCCCAGAUGUAUAUGCACAGUCACCUUCUCUUAUAGCCGUGUGAGUGUGUCUUGUCUUUCUUGUCUCCUCCUUCCUCCCCCAGCUCUCUCUUUCUCUCUCUCCUCUCUUUCUCCCUCCCCUUUCUCUCUGUGGCAGCUGUGCUGGUGAUGGCUGUGUGCCCAUGGUGCAAGCUGGCUGUGGGGUCCCAGGUGGCCCACAUGACAGUUAUUGAUGUUCAGGUGUUCGACUCCUCUCACACAGAGACCCUAGAGCCACACACGUAAAGAAACACACGCACACACAAACAUACUCGUGCAGAUGCACAAAACACAUGCAUGCACUCCAAUGUAGAUCACAUGCAGACACAAAAUACAUGGAAGUAGUCAUGUGUUUGCACAAUUAUGAACAAAAGUGUGUUUCCCCUCUCCUGCUGCUGAGGAAAUACAACAGAGGAUUCAUGCACACAGCUGCCGGGCUGUCUGGCAAGGAACCUGGAUUACAGUUUUCAUAACAAGCUCUUCAUUGUGCAAUUGUAUGCAAUCGAGUUUGUAAUAUCCAGAAUUCGUGACCCCUUUUUGUAUUUGUGUGGAUGUAUGGUGGGAUAGCCGGUGUUGGUACCAGUGCCCAGUGCAGACCUAACACACUCCAGAUGUUUCUGGCUAGCUGGGAGUUGUUCUUGGCACAGCUGCCUUGGUUGAAUGUCACAAAUACUUUCCUUUAUUUAGGUAUUGCUCUGGGUUAGUGGCUGCAGAGAAAGAAGGAGGUGAGGAUGGAUGGAUGGUUGGGGGAGUGAAAAGAGGAGAGGCAGAUGAAAAGAGCAAAAUGAAUGAUUAGCAGUGGAGAGGGACAGAGGAGAGGGAGGAGAAGAGAUGGAGUAAGGACAGAAGAUGGAGGAGGAGGAGGAGGAGGAGGAGGAGGGAGCGGUGAGCGAGCGAAGCAGAAACAGCUCCAGUCUAGCAUCUGGAUUUUAUUAGCAGCCGUUGGGAAAAUCUGAAAAGGAAGUUUUUUCUCUGCAAGCACGUCGGCAGCAGUGAUAUGCUGCACAUAACCACUUCACUGCCGACGAGAGGAGCCAGGCCCUCCCAGAGGAGAACAGAUGGUCGCUAGAACUUCAAUACAAUUACAUCAAUAACAGCUUUCACAGAUAGAAGCACUGUGUGACAGGAUCCCUGCAGCUCCGAGAGGCAGAAGUACAACUCCUCUACCCUUAGCACCUCUGGCUCGGCAUACGUUGCCUUUAAUCCGCCCUCGCUCCCCUCUUGUCCUCAAGUUAGCCUCGUUUUUCCUGCCAGUUUAUAACCAGUGACUUGUCAUUGAUUUGCUCGUGGUAAUCUGAUCAAAGACAGCACAGCUUUUGUUAGUGCUUAAUAAGUUAAAGUCCUCCACCCCCCUCAUCCCCUGUUUGUGUUUUUUUGUUCCACAUGUUUGUUCAGCCGGCACUGCAUGUGUACUAUCACAGGGAUUCUCAAGUAACAUGGAGGAAAAUAUGUGUUUGUGUCCGCAGCGUGAGCAUAUGCAUCCAGCAAACUUUGUUAAGCGUGUGUGCGUGUACAUCUGUGCAUCUAUUCGUGUGUGUGUGUGUGUGCCUAGCAAUGCACAAGCUUGUCUCCCACCCUGUCAUUAGUGAGAGCUUUAAAGCCUCUGAACUCUAAAUCAGCUCAAGAUGAAGUGGAGUCUGCGAUCUGUCUGCAGAGGCAGCCUGUGCGCUGACACACAAAUCCACAUACACACACACGUACAAUCCCAUUUUACCUGUGACCAAGCUCAGACUUCACACUGGUGACAACUUGUACGGCAAAAUAUGGAACUAUCAGACCCACAGGAGAAGAAAAAUGAUGUUUGUAGAUUGCUCUAGGUCAGAGGAAGAUUGGUCCACUGACGUCAGAAGUCUUUUUUCUUUUGAAUGCCGUUUAGGCUGGCUGUAGGAGAGUGGACGUUGCUAUGGGUGCUGUAUCCUUAAGUCUCAGGUCCAGGGAACAGGGCUGCAAUCCCCAUGUUUUGAUAUGAAGGCCUGGUGGGAGGCUGGGGGCCAGGGGCUCAGGCUCUGUUUGUGUGGACUCCUCAGCGGCCUGAUAGGGAACAGAUGUGGGAAGGCAGGCGGCCGGGCAGCCAGCCAGAGCAGCUGGGAGAAAUUAAAAACAACAGCAUUCCUGGAGACUGGGGGAAUUACAGUGCGAGGGAGAGAGAGAGGGAGGGAGGGAGGCAGGGAGGGAGGGGAGGAGGGGAUGUAAGGAGCGAGAGACAGAAAGACGGAGAGAGUUUUAAGGCUAUGUGGUCACUGAGGAGAGUCUCUGUGGAGAACGAGAGAUUGAAUAGACAGAGGGGGAUUUAAGGGGACUGUUCUGCAGCGGUUAGCUAAAGCUAAUAAGAUGCAGCUGUAUCUUCAGUGGAAGCACGCACACACUUACACACGCAGAUACAUGCAUAUAGUCAGCACACGAACAUAUGUGAAUGCAAACUGAGACCAAAAUGCAUUGAAUGGCCCUCUAAUGGGUUGUCAUUACUUGACGGUAUUUAUUUGUGAAUGAGUGUGUUUAUUUUUAAGAGCUUGAACAUUGGCACAUGUCUUUAAAUCUAUCAUGAAACCCCAACCACCUAAGUGUUUGUGUGUGGGUCGUACUUGCACACGAUCGGUGGUUUGGUGUGUCUCUCUCUGUGAAUUGUUUUUCAUCUCGUUUCAUCAUGGCACAAGGGGAGAGUAAAAGACAGAGAACAUAUUUAGAACUCAGGCUGCAUACUGUUUCUUUGGUGAGCAAUCUUUUAGCCCCAAUUACGUCAAAUGUGCAGACAUACAGCUGUUCAGAGAGUCGGAGAAACACUGGGAGAAGCACAGAGCAGAAGUCAAGAUGGCAAUGAAUGUAACCUACUGUUUUUUUAAAUCCGCGUUUUAUUCAAUAGUGAGUGUUUAGGAUAUACAGCAACAUAUUUGUACCCUCUGCAGAUCGCCACUCAGCUGUAUUGAUCACUAAGUGGCUCCUCUCAGACGGAUAAAAACCCGUGGGGGUAAAUAGAGCAGCAUGGUCCAGAUCUAGUGUUUAGUCUGUCUGUUUUUACGUGGUGUACCAGUCUCUCUCAUUUUCUACUUCCCUUGUUUUGAGCCUGUCAGCACAGAGCACAAUAGGAGCACAAAUGGCCACAGAUGGGUUGGCAGACCUCGCGGACUUCCUAAUGUAUUAGAAGUGAAAUCCAGAGCAUGGUGCGUAUGUGUGUGUGGUGUGUGUGUGUGUGUGUGUGUAGCUGGUCAGAUUAAACAGCUGUCUAUAAUCCCAUGAUGGGAGCAGACACACAGGCUGACCGGGCGGUCCCCUUAUCCCCUCGCUCUCUUCCUCCUGCCCUCUCCUCUUUGCUGAAGAAGUGAUAAAAAUAGAUGUUUCAUAAACAGAGUCAUGGGAGUGUUUUUAUUUAAUGUCACUCCUCUGAUUACAAGUUAAUAAAUGUUAUCACCUCUACUGUAAUUUUAGAGAUUUGAGUUGUUUUGUGCCUUUAGUUCAGGUUUUAAACUGUUGUCUCUUUUGUUUUGGUUUGUUUCCUUCUGAUGUUUUUUAUUUUUUUUUAUCAUAAUUUCAUAGUUUUUUUCGUUGAAAUUGAUGAGGCACUCUAAAAGGUACCAUAUAAAAUAGACUUGUUAAAACUCACUCAUUCUUUUGAAUGUUGAUUCAUACCAAUUUAACUCAUUUAAAAAAGUACCUAGAGAAAAGGAUGAUACAAAUACUAUGCACUCUUUUUAUGCACUUAAAGGGUUUAAGUUUUGGCGCUCAAUGCAAAUCCCAUAGUACGCAUUACUAUACAAUGUAUAGUCUUUCUAAUCCAAGACAAGAGGAGGUUCCCAGAAACAUAUGGUUGCCUCCCUACAUGGAGCAACUCACCAAUCUUGCACCACUGAGAGCUUGUUUGUGUGUUUAGGAUUUGACUGUAGAGAAUAGCCGCAUCUAUUUAUACCAACCUUCCCCAUCUGCCUCGAUCUACAACCUUGUGUUUAUGUUCAGAGCGUCAGGCAUGGGGCAAACAGCGGAGUGCCCCUUGUGUUCUUGAGGAUCAGUGUGUCAAUGGCCCUCGUGCAGCACACUCCAGAGUGGCACUCUUUAAAUACAGACACCAGCUGUUGAACACGCCGACAUGAGCUCUCUCUCAGAAAUAGGCGAAAGCAAGGACGGGGGCCAAGUGAGGCAGGAAUUUUGUAGAGGAAAACACUAGAUUCAUUGAUGGUUCACAAAGGCUGGAAUGAGAAACACAUUUUUGGGGGGGUGAUUUAAUAACAUGCCAAAGGUUUAUUAUUGUUUUUUUAAUGUUCAGAUGAAUAAAACUGUAGACCUUUCAGUUUGACAGAAUAGGUCAGUAUUUUUCAACCAGUGUGCCAUGACAGAUAGUCAGGUGUACCCUGAGAAAUUAUCCAAUUUCACUUUAUUGGUCUAUUUUUUUAUUAUAAAUUAUUAUCUGCAAAUAAUACGCAAUUCUCAUGUGUCUGUGCUGUAACCUACCGCCCCAAGUUUCACACUGGGUGAGUAUGAACAAAUUGAGAGACUCUAUUGUCAUUUUAAAAACUGUAUUUGGGGCUGCCAAGUGUCAUUUAGUAACAUUUUUGGUUGUUGGUGUGCCUCGUAUUUAUUUAAUGAAAAUAUGUACCAUGGCUCAAAAAAGAUAGAAAACACUGGAAUAAUUAAUACUUUUAUACAUUUAUUUCAAUUUAUUUGAAAUGUAUUAUCAGCAGCAUGAAAACUCUAAAUUAAUUAAUGACCACCCAUAACACCUUUCACUAUGUCAUUAGUUUAUUACUCUGUGGCAACUUUUGAAUUUGUUUGGUUUUGUUUUUACUCAAUUUUUAAUAUUUUUUGUCAAGAUAACCAAAGUCAACAAAUGCUUUAUACCAGCUUUACUAGUGCAUAAGAGGACCUCCUCCGUAUGCUUCCUCAUUAUGAAAACAUUUGUUUACCACACAUAAUAUUGGUGUGUAGAGCCAAACCAUGCGCAUUUCCCUGCCAACAUAUAAACCACGCAACAUAUCAAUUUGCAUUUAAUGCUCUCUUUCAGGUAUGCACAUGUACACAGACUCUAAAGCUAUCUUCUCACAGACUGCAAAAGUCAUCAAACCCUGAGCUCAGAUUUGCAUUGCAGAAAGAUCUGGUUCCUGCAGCUGCACCGACAGAAGGACACACACACAGUAACAGUCAACACACUUGGCUCCUGAUGCACAUCUAUGUUAUGUGUAAAUGGGCAUUUUGACAUUGUGUUUGUAGUUUGCAUAUCACAGUGUUUUAAUGUGGACACAGUGCAUGUAUAGACCUCAUAGGGCCUUCUGCGACAGAUACACAAUGUAAGGCAGCCGUCCCCACACAUGCUUGUGGUCGUCCUACAUCCACCCCGUGUCAUGUUUUUCUCCUCAUGCCCCUCACUGUACCAUCCAUUCCCUUCAUGCUACACAGCCCGGCCUUGCCUUGUUUGGUCCUGGCAGGGUGUCUGGCAGAGGACAGCGAGGCUUUUGGUAGCAGGACAGAGCUCUGCUGAAAGCCGGUCCGCACGGUGACGGACAGCAGCAGAUCCAGCUGCACUUGUCACUGGCUGUCAAAGCGGCUGUCUGAAAUAGGGGACGAGAGGGGACAGGCGGGGAGGAGAGUGUGCAUGGGAAUAUGUGUGUGUGUGUGAGUGUGUGUCAGGAGGUUGGAGGUUACAGUGGAGGGGCGCUGAUUGGGAUGUCAAAGCUACAUGGAGUGUGUGUACGUGAAGGGGAGAGAGAAGGGGGUGGGGGUGAGAGGGGGCUAGUGAGCAGCAGCUGAGCGGGUGAGCAGGUGUUACUGUAUGUCUCCCAGGCCCAUGAAUCUUCAACAAGAGAGACACAAUACAAGUUUGGAUCCAUUUCCACUCCCUGCAUUGAUUUGUUUUGCUUCUUUUUAUGGGGCUUUUGGUUUAAGGGAAACAAUCGAUGGCCCCCAGGUGAAAAUGUCAGAGCCCUGCUCCUUAACCAGCUGUCUCCUCUUUGAAAGUUUUUUUAUUUAUUUAUUUUCACUCAUGCAGAAGCUCCAUUUUGAUGACCAUCUCUUUUUUUCUUUUUUUCUUUUUUUUUUUCUUAUUCUUCUUUCAUAUCACAGGUAGCAGAGUGCAGAAGGUUGGAACAAUGCCAGAUUCACCUGCGGAUGUGAAAACCCAGCCCAGGUCCACCCCACCCACCAUGCCUCCUCCACCCCCGGCUGUCAGCCAGGCAACCAAUCGCAAUGCUUCAUUCACCCCAACUACUAGUAAAUCCAGUAAGACCCCUUUCUGUUACUCACAUGAUUCUAACAUUAAGUAGUCAACUUGAUAGGAACACAGGGUCACUGCUAUUAUUAUCUGUAUCCCUAAAGCAAAUAUAUCAGUUAUUCAUCCAAACGUAACAGUUGUUAAGCUCUGUGUUUUCUUUGACUUGGAGAUGAUCCUUUUGUGCUGAUGAGGCAUGUCAGCAGGCAGUCAAACAGGCAGGUGUUGGAAACACAGUAAUGUGGGAGGCAUGUUGGAUCAGCAAAACUAUAGUGGACUUACUCCUAACCCUUGAUUUCACGGUUAGCAUAGGAGUGGAAAUUCAAACUUUUAUAUGGCAGCAGUAUCCACAUUGUUGCAAACGACGCUUCUGGCGACUGUGUGGUAUUAUGUCACUCUCUGGCUUUGCCUGAGUGAUCAAUGAGUAAAUCUGGUGCAAAAGCCACACUUCCACUCACCAAUACUGACUCUGGACAUGUUUGGAGGUAUGAAAAUAUGGAAUAGUCGUAAACAUGUGUUUAAAAAGAUGGUACACCAAUAUCUAAUGACCCAGACUCACUGAAAUAAGCUUAAUGGAAUUCAAAAUAUUUGGUACAGUUAUUUUAUUUAUUUAUCUAUCUAUUAUUAUUAUUAUUAUUAUUAUUAUUAUUAUUAUUAUUAUUAUUAUGUAUUUAUUUUUUGGGUGACCUUCUGUGUAACACUGUCAUCGUGAAGUUACUUCAAAUAAUUGUUGCAAGAGGAAACAGAACACCUAAACUAGGCUGAGACAACAUACAAUACAUGCCAAUGAGAUUUUUGAUUACCAGUAGAUUAAUCUUGGCCUUUAUUGGUGUCUGUUGUAAUUUCAAAUGUAAUGUCAUCAUAAUUUUGGUUUUAGUUCUGAUUUUAACAUCGUGUAUAAAUCGCCUGUUUGGACUUGUAUCAUUGUAAUCUAUACAAAUAUUUACUGUCUUCUUGCGGAACCCAGGAAAAGUAGCUGCUACUUAGGUAAUAGCUAAUAGGGAUCAAAAUAAAUAAAUAAAUGAAUAAAUAGAUCGAUAAAAUCUGGUGCAAAAGCUUACAUUCAAUACUUUUCUUAUGUUUUGUUUACCACCUUCCUCUUCAGCUGCGAGUAAAACCUUCUACAUGUUUAAACUACUCAUAACAGGUGUUCAGCUUAAAGAAAAAGAGCCUGCAGUCUCUCUGAAGCAGUCUAACAUAGACUGCACAGUCAUUUGUCUCUUUGGGUCAACCGUCAUGAACACUUAAUACCCUUAUGUAAAGGGACAAAAAUCCCAAAUAUGUGCGUCUUCCCCCCUCUAGUGAACAAGUGUGAGUCACUUGUGUGUCAGGUGUGUGUUUCAUCACGCAUGUAUUCGAGAAUGUCGGUUUUUUUUGGUGUAGAGAAUGCCCUUGCUAGUGGGACAAGUGUCUCUCAGAGCAUGUGCGAGUGUGACUGUUGCAUUGUGAGUGUGUGUAUGUGUGUGUCUGUGUUGUUUACCAGCUGGCUGGUUGGGUGGUGGUGGGUUCAGGGGACAUCAGUCAGAGUGGCGAUGCAGUGUGUAGACUACUUUCUUCCCUAUAUAGCAAUUGACAGGACCCUGUUGUUUCACCUGUCGUGGCGGGCGGUCAUCAUGCGGCUCUCUCCUUGCACCUCUCCCUCACUCUAAAACCAGAACACAAGUGCUGCUUGUCGGGAUCACAUGGGUCAGUCCAUAUGUGUUCAGGCCUGCCAUCAAGCAACAAGCAUGCCUAAAAGAAACCACAGGAACUUUUUCUGUUGGACAACUGAACUGUAUAUAGUUUUGUUUUUCAAGAAUGAUAGUAGAGGAUGGUGUUACAGUGCACAGGAUUCUGUAAAUACACUUUAAACAGACUUAUUGAGUAUUAUUUCUCAGAUGCUUUUGUAUAUUAUGCACUGCUUCCUCUAGUUUUAGUGAAGUAUUAGUUUGUUUUUUUUCACUUAAAAGCACAAUGAGAAAGCAUGUAUAUACAUAGGAGAAACCUGUGAAGAGCAGUCAUAUGCAAGGCAAAACACACUACGAACAACUUACCUAUCUCAAUAAUAUCAGUAAUACAGAAAAACAAACGUUGAAUAAAUGCGAAGAUAAGUCUUAAAGAAAAGAAAAACAUCAAGCGCAGUAAGGUCUUUUGUUUGUGUGUUUGUUGUAUUUUUAUUCAAACAUAAAGAUUUAAUAUUUAUAACAUUAUGUCCGACUGGGAAGAAACAGAAAAAAACAGUUAAGUCUUUUGUGUGAUCUCGCUCAGCUCGAACAUAAAAACAGAGGAAAGGUCAAACGUGCGUUUGUCAGCUCCCGUGUAAUUGUGACUUUGUUUGUGCCAGCAUUUGGAAGAAUAUGUGAGUGAUUAUAUAUGUGUGCGUGAAUGCUGUGUCUAUUCUGAACCCUUCGAGCUGCAAAUCUACUUUCAGCUGGUGAACAUGUGUAGGGCCAGAUUUAGCUACACACCUGCUAUUGGAAUAAAAGUAACACAGGCCGCGGGUCUAUUUUUGGCACCUCCUUAACAAGUUCCUCUUAUAGUUGUGUCCUAGUGAGUGAGGGGAGAGGGUGAGGAGCAGGGUGGAAUAGGCUGAUACAGGGUGAGAGGGGGGUGUAGGGGGAGUCAAAUGGUACCACUUGUGAGACAGCUGAAGUUACUGCAAACAUACACACACACACGCACACACACAUAAACACACACUCUAAGCUCAAUAAAACUGGCACAAAAUUGCACCAGUAAAGUUACACUAUGCAUCAUGUGGACUGCAGACUUGAUUCUACUGUGAGCUGAACUUCUAUUAAAUCUCAUCCAUUCAGUCGUCAGUUAGCAGGAUGUGACUGUGUCUACCCUCAUAAUGCCCCCAGAUCUGUCAGAAGCCCCUUAGGCCCCACAAAAAACCGCUGACCCACUUCAUGUUUUCUCCCCCUUCUGUCUGUUUCCCCUCAGUGCUGAACGGGAGCAGCCACUCUCCUACAUCGCUGAACGGUGCUCCCUCUACUCCUAAUGGCUUCAGUAAUGGGCCAGCCAUGUCCUCGACCGCCUCACUUUCAAACCAGCAGCUUCCGCCAGCCUGUGGUGCCCGGCAACUGUGUAAGCUGAAGCGCUUCCUGACCACGCUGCAGCAGUUUGGCAACGACAUAUCGCCUGAGAUCGGGGAGAGAGUGCGUAGCCUGGUGCUGGGUUUGGUGGUGAGUUCCCCUGAGGAGCUAUGUUAACUUCUGAAUAUCUUUAAGCAGUUUGUUUUACUCUGACCCUGUUUUCUAGUAUAAUAGUCCAUCUUAUAGCACCGUUAACUCACUGUCAUAAAGUUUAAAAGUGUCAUCUUUUUCUCGCCUGUUGUCUUUUGCAGAACUCCACUCUCACCAUUGAAGAGUUUCACUCUAAACUUCACGAGGCCACCAACUUCCCUCUGAGACCGUUCGUCAUUCCUUUUUUAAAGGUAAACAAUCGUGCUUUUAUUUUCUCGUAAGGUAAAUGAAGCGUGAUAUCUCAGUCGACAGGCUCAGGGAACUGCUGCCGACUAUAUUCUCAGUGUUUAAGUUUGUUUGUCUGUGUUUAGAGUUUUUGUGGAUUUUCUUUUUCUGGAUUAGUUUCUGGAUUAAUACGUGAUGGAUGUAUACUGCUGUAGUACUGUGUACAAAAUGGGGGGGGAGUGUCUGUGACUGUCCAUCGAAAGCGGUGUGAGUGAGUGUGUCAGACCCCCUGGCGUGUGAUGAUCCUCCACAUCUGGGACAUUGCAGCAAUGGCUGCGUUAUAUCAACUCGACAGGUCUGAGAGAGCUAUUUGACAGCGCUGAUACACACAUACUCACACACAAUAUACACAUAAGCCCACCCUGAAGAGGGAGCGAGAGACACAUGGCAGAGGAAGGUGUCAAGGGACCUGUCUUAUCUCAUCCUGUCUCUCCAUCUAUCGCUUUCUUUUUCUCCUCUGCCUAUCUUUUGUUAUUUUAUCUGUUGAGUCUGGAGCUCACCUCUUGUCUACUUAACUCUCUUAUCUAAAUUUACAUCGGCUCAAUAAAUCCAUAUCCUUCCUGAAACAACUUAUUUCAUCCCUAAUCCAGAGAUGUUUUUUUUAUACCCCUGAAGGCAAACCUGCCCCUGCUGCAGAGGGAGUUGCUGCACUGCGCCCGGUUGGCUAAACAGACUCCGGCUCAGUAUCUGGCCCAACACGAGCAGCUUCUUCUGGACGCCAACGCCAGUUCACCCCUUGACUCGUCUGAGAUCAUGCUGGAGAUGAACGAGCAUGGCAAGAGGAGGACCCCAGACAGGUAAUCUUUACAUCUCUUUAUGCAACACAAGAAAACAUACAAGCCGACUCCAGAUGGACUUUGUACUGUAUGUUUGAAUUAUUUUAGGGUAUUUUCAGAAAGCCAAGCAACAAGAAGAGUCUAUAAAUCCUCUGUGCAGGAGGCGGAAGUCUGGACAGCCCUGAUGCCAGGAUGAAUCUGCCAGCUGUCUGUGAGGGAGGAGGGGGAUAAAAGUAGAGUAGGAAAACACAGAGAUUGUUUGUAAAGGGAAAAAGAAAAGGAGACGUGAGUAUGGAGUGAAGUACAGUAGAUGUCCUCAGCACAACCUCAGGACCAGCAAUUAGCCUUGGUUUGUCCCACAUUUCCUCCAACGCACUACUUUAUCCAAGCCGCUAAGAUGAUGCCUCAAGAGAGAAUUAGCAGCCAUUUCCUUUUCUUCCCUUUUUUCUGUCUUUGUCUUUUUUUCUAGCCCUGUCCUUUUUUUUUUUUUUUUUUACCUCUCUGACUUUUUUCUCUUUCUAUCCAACUGCCUGACCUGCAGGCUCCCAGCAGCUGUCCAUAUGUCAGGGAUGUGUCCAGAUGGUGAUGUGCUGACCGUAACACUGAGCACAUCCUGAGCAGGAGGGGGGUGAGAGGGGAGGUGGGAGCGUCGAGGCAGUGGUGAUGGUGGUGGUUUGGAUGAGACUAAAGGUUGGAGUUUGAAUGUUCACUCCCGUGGUAAUCCACACCACCCCCUGCCGCCUCCUUACCUGUGGUUUAGGAGGCGGAGGUGUGAAGGAGGGGGUGGGGGAUGAGCAUGGGACGGGCAAGGCCUACAUCGUACCAGCUGUUCCUGUGAUUUCUCAGAUUCUAGAACAGGAGAUGUUUAUGCGUACAGCCAGUACGCACAAAUACACACAAGGAUAAAUAUGAUUACACACGCACACAUACACGCACACACACACGCACACACAUAUACAUUAUCUGCAUGGGGUAGUGCUGCUUUUAUUCGCCUUUGAUCCCCUGGAUGAUAAAGAGUGAUUUCUAUCCCAAUGCCCGCCUCUUGCCAUCCAGCUAAACAGAUUAAUAUCAACACUCCCAUUUAAACUGUCCAGAUGGCUUAAAAACACUCUCUCUCUCUUACACACACACACACACUUAAAGCACAGACACAAAUGAGUGUCACCAAACAUCUGCCAAACGCACAGCAUCCAGUCCAUAUUGCCCCUUAAGCCCGAGAGCAGGGUGGGAGGGAGAGGGAGAAAUACUUGCAAUCUAAGAGUAGGCUGAGGGAUAUUCAGAUUAAGAGCUCGAGACGCGUGGUGUACAGUUGGACUUUGCUUUGUUUGGUACAUAUGGCGUACAGCUGUGCUAGAGCUUCGGAGGGCCGCUGCAGUGCUGGAACUGAACAACAGGCAGCUCUCAGCAGGAAAACGUUGGUGUGUGGAUGUGUUUACAUCAUAUGGGAGUUGUUGAAGUCUGGAAAUAAUUCUGCCUUUAUUUGCUAAUGCAGUUUGAGUCCACAGUACGAGAUGCCAUGAUGUUUGAAAAUGUGUUAUCGCUGAAGGAUUUUUUCUGUAUUUGGCUGACUGAGCUAAGAUAUUAUUCACUUCCAGGGCUGUUAAGUCCUAGUCAACUGGUCGACUUAUUGGUCGAUACAUGCUGGGUCGACUUGUUUUGUUUCCGCGUCAAUUUACAAUCUAUGGUUGAGUUCAUCGGGAGGAACGUACCAAGUGCUAAUGGGGGUGUUUUCAGAGCACCCCUGUUUCACAGGCAUAGACUGUAUAUAGAAUGGACAGAGCAGCAUCCUCUGGUGACGGGCUGCUGUAUAGGUCAUAAAUCUGAAAGAGCAUCAACGUUAACCAACGCCUGGUGGUUUGCUGAAUAUUUAUUUUUAUUUUGAGCAUUUCAACUUUAGUGAUUAAUUGCCGUCUUCUGCUGAUAUUAGUAUAUUUUCAGCCCGCCGAGCCGCGUUGUCCCUCGCCGCAGCAGGGUUUGCCGUCAGAGUCGAAACCCCCACCCCCAAUUAGUUGCUUUUUGGUCUAAAAUUUCAGGGUUUUAGUCGACCAAGAAUUUCUUUGGUUGAUUACAGCCCUUUACAUUUCCUUCCAUUUAGUCAUAAUUUAACAUACGUGUUGCCUUACAUGGUGGGAAUGAGAUGGAAAAGUAAGCAGAUCUAUGUUACUCAUGAAAACUUAUUUCUAACUGACACGUGAAACGACUCGAUGGGUCAUCUCUCUGCUCAUUUUCUGCUCAAGUUUUUCACAGCAGCCACUUUUUUGCAUCUUGAUCCGAUUUUCAAAAGCAUCUGAGUUCCUUGCGGGGGCAUGUUUUCCUGAACCAUGAAGUAAUGCUCUGGCGUUGUAUUUUAUCCUGGCAAAGCAAACCCACAGAUUUUGACAUUACUCAUUGUGGUCUGGCGAAGACAGAACAUAACGGGGGGAAAGAUGAAGUGGGCUGUACAAAAGUGAACUCACUUCUUCUGUAACUGUAACUGAAUAUGAAUACAGGAGUCGCAUCAUUGUUGAUUUUCUUUUUUUAGUAGUCAUUUUUAAGACUGUUCACUUUUUCGAUGUUGCAGCCUUUAUAUGGACAGCAAAAAGUGAUUUGGUUGGUCGUAAGUGGAGUUCUGGUUAAUGUGGUGGUGGAAACACAUAAUAAGAGAUACAGUCUGGCUGUUUCAAGCUGUCCAACACUGACAAUGCUUUAUCUGUGCCAAGCAGAUGUUAAAAAAUAUAUAAAAAAAAACAAACCCUGAACCAGUCACUUCAUACACUACUAAUUUCUGGAUAUGUUUCUUUAUCUGUUUGAAGCAAUUUGCUAUGUGACUUUCUCUUAAUCUUACGUAAACUCACUUCAUCUCUCUCUUCUCAGGACCAAAGAGAGUGCUGACAGAGACGGCCUGCACCCGGAUCACCUGGCUAAGAGACCCUGCACCAUCAGCCCGAGCCAACGCUUCAGCCCCAGCACAGGCCUUCCUGCUCACCCACCUCCCAACGGCCUCUCCACGCACCCUCCAAACGGCCUCUCACACCCACCCAACCCCCAAAUGGCUCCCCAGCACUAUCGGCUAGAAGACAUGGCUCUGGCGCACCAAUACAGAGAUGCUUACAGACACAACGAGCACCGCGAAGCCCGUGACAGACACAGACAGACAGGUAAGACAGCUGGGAUGCAUUCUCAGGGACUGAUACACCUACAGAUCUCUGGUCUUCUUGAGUUAUGUGGUCAAGCUUGUGUUUAUGUAGAUGGUGUGUAUGGGUAGAACAAAGGCCAGUUGUCAGCCCAGUGUGAUAAUCCUUGUGGCAGCGUGUCUAAAUAAAGACCACAGCCAUACAUGCCCAUGUGCUACAACUGUGGCUACCAUAUAUGCCUUUACUCUGCUUUAGCAAAAGCAGAGAGGGGAAUACUGAGUCCAACUGUCUCACUGAUAAGAGAGGCACAUGAUGACUUUUGAUGGAUUGAUUUCUGACUAUUAUAGGUGAUUUUGUCUUCCAUCAAAAUGAAUUAUUCAUUUCACAUUGAAACCUAUGUCUCAGCUUGUAUAUUCUCUUCAUGUGGCAUUUUUGUUUUGUUUUUGCACAAACUGCUCUAUAAUAAUUGUUCUGAAAGAGGUCGAUCAUUAAAUGACUGAUUAUGUCUGCCAAGACUGGGUUUUUGGUCAGAAUUCAGCCCUCAUCAAACACUAUUUUUUUCCCUCUAUUGCUCAAUAUCUACCCUGCAUCUGCAUUUUAAGUCCCGUAACAAACAUAAUUUGUGUUUAACUGUUUGUGUCUUUGUCUUGUAGCAGUGCAUGGAGCCCGCCAAGAGGAGGUGAUCGAUCACCGUCUCACGGAUCGCGAGUGGGCGGAGGAAUGGAAGCACCUUGAUAAUGUACGUAUCACUUUGAUUGCCGCGUCCAUAGUCGAUUAUUUCUUUUGCCUCAUUCACAAAUGUCACACAGCAGUUGUUGAGAGAAGGUGUCAGGUCAUCAGGAGAUUAAAGUUAAUUAUAGCGCUAAAGACAAGAUUCAGAUGCCAGAGAGUGAACUGUUGACAGGCAGAAUAGUCUCUGUCCAAGCUGACGGAGCAGUUGACAGGCAGCUGAUCUUAGGAGGUCUGUGUCAGAGCAGUGAAUCAACAACAGACAGGCAUCCAUCAGGCUUCCCUGCACCUAACUCCAUAAAGACAAAAACAUGUACACUAGACACAAACACACACACAUAUGCGCGCAGACAGACACGCACACUCAGAAAAACUAGGCCCCAGAUGGAGCUUGAGACCCAGCAGAGAGCAGCUCCAGCUGGGGAGAGCAGCUGAGACAAGAGCUGCAGUCAUGGAGAGAACCGGCCAGGCCUGGACCCCUGCCAAAUUAGAAACACUUCAGUGAAAUAAAUAUAGCUUACUCAGAGGGGAGGGGGGAGGAGGAGGAGCGGGAGGAGGGAGGAAAGGAGGCAGAGACAGAGAGAGGGAAAGAUGAAUGGGAAGAACGAUAUGGAUUGAAUGUCAAGCAUGCUAAACCCAUUUAGCAGGACCGGACCGGGUCUGGAAACAUAGGGCACUGUGGAAAAAAAAGUGACACUGUUUACUACUGAAGGGGGAAAGAAAGAAAGCUGUCGAGUUGGCAGAGAACGGAGCAGAAGGGUGGAAGGAAUUGGCUCAACUUUUUUUCAUCAGCAGCCCAGCUGUUACAUUAUGGUCGUUGUAAUGCUCUUAGACGCUGAAGUUCACUGACAAGCACACAAUCCAUGAACAGAUAGGCAGAAACACACAUCUGCUGGGUGGUGUAUGUCAGGCAAGGGUUAAAGGGAUAUUCCUGCAUAAAAUUAAUUUCGGGUCAAACACACCAUAACACCGAGUUAGACGCCUUGUGGAGAGAUAAAUGUUGCCGACCGCUUGCUUCUCUAGUUUAGUAACCUCCAAAACGCCACUCUAUAGACACAAAUAAUUCAUUGUUUUUGAACAGCUUACUCAUUUUUAGUAAUUUUGCGUGGGUGAUUUAGUGUCCUGUGUUUGAGAUAAAGGGACUUGAUGUAACUACAUGAAGAACUGUUAAAAUUCUCCUCAUCUACAGAUAAGUUUACAUCCUUUAACUUGUUCUUGUUGUGUCCCUCUGCAGCUGUUGAACUGCAUUAUGGACAUGGUGGAGAAGACGCGCCGCUCUCUGACGGUGCUGCGGCGCUGUCAGGAGGCUGACCGCGAGGAGAUGAACCACUGGAUUCGGCGCUACAGCGACGUGGAGGAGAUGAAAAAAGGUGGGAGCAACGGACAGCACUGCCUUCCUCCUCCUCCUCCUCCUCUUCCUCCUCCUACUCCUCACCACAACUCCUCCUCCAACACAGCUAGCAGCAGCGAGUCACUGCCCAUAGGAACUUCCUCGGCUGCCGAAAGGCAGACACACAGACAGACAGGUAGACAAACACACGCAGGGUUUGUUUGGCAAAGCAAAACACUCGUAGCAAGGUAGGGUUUGAUUUGAAAAGCUGAAAAUGCCAAUUUGCACAUAAAAAGUCAGUUAGCUUAUCAUAUUUUUCAGUGAAUGUACAAAUAUGAGCUCAAACUGUGAGUCAAUACAAAUCCAAAUCUUUAACCACCUGAUUGCACCCUCAUGCUGCCAGCAUGCUCAUUCAUAAUUAACAUUUGUAUUCACUACAAAAUCUUGUAUUCCCUUUCCUUCCAACAAACUGCCAAAAUAGUGUGUGAAAGCUUACGUAGUGAUCUUGACACACUCAUAGUACUGUACAAAGUAGAAUUGCAAUCUGUAUGAGAGAUACUGUGACUGUUUGUAUUGAUCACGUGUUUAAUUGUGUCUUAAGUGUGAGCCUCAUGUGUGUUUCAGAGAUCCACAGAGACUUCUUACACAGGCCUCCCUCAGGAUACCUGCCAGAGGAAAUCUGGAGGAAAGCUGGUAAGAGAAAUUCACCCCCCACUCCCACUCCCUCUUUUUUCUACUGUAUGACUGACCUCACACAUUCACAAAACACACACACACACAGUCACCAUCAUCAGUCAUCAAGGCUACCUCGCCUUUGCCACAGAGACAGACAGAUCAGAGGCCUUUCAGCCACAGGUCCAUCAGGGCAGAGGAUUGGAGGCCUUCUGUGUCAUUAGGGCUAAAUGCUCUCCAUCUGUCACCACUAUGAAAGGCCACUGCAGUUAAAGCUGCAGUGAAAAUGCAGUCACCUGGCCCGAGACCGGCCACAGCAGCGCAGCACAGGUUGGACCAGCCUAACUGGUCUCCAUUGCCCUGAGAAGCACACAUUCUCCUCUUUUUCAUUGUGAUUGUUUCCUCAUGCACAUAAACAAACUUUUUACCAAAAUAUCCCAGUCAUUGUAAUUUAUUGCACGGGCCUUCUUGUACGUUAUACUGCAUGUUAGAUGGAGCUAAUACCAGGAUUCAUCUGGCUCAGCCCUGGUUCCACCACAGUCCCAGCACUAUUAUGUUGAAGUUAUACACCAAUACCCUGCAGGGGAGGAAGAUGCUGCUGCUGUCGGCAAAAUACUGUGCUGCAUUUUCACCAGCAGAAAAAAAAGCUCUUUUAAUUGCAGUUGUUUUUCAUUCAGGUACUACAAGCAUCCCGCUCUCCCCAGCUCUAAAGCACCUCCAAAACAGGCAGGGUGAGUAAAAGAUCUAACUCACAACAUCUCACCUACAGUGUGUAUGUGUGUGUCUGUGUGUGUGUAUGUGUCACCUCUAUCUCAGCCGCCAGGUAGCCUGCCUGCUGUAGCAGCAGCACCUCUUGGUUUUAAUUAAAACCAGACACGUAUUCUCUGGUCUGGUUCAGGUUGAGAGACUGUAGUGCUUUUGAAAAAUAAGAUCUGAAGUGUGAAGAAGCAGACAGAAAUAACACGUCUCAGGGACUUGCCAAAUCCCUGCGGAAUUAAAACGUUAAUAUUGCUGCCCCCGUGUUUUCCAUUAAGUGCUAAUUGCCCCAGCAUCUGCUAUGCAGUCUCCUUGAUAAGAAUUAAUUAAAUUUGCAAACUAAUCUUAGUGGUGCAUGCAUUAGGCCAGAUAAUUGAGAAUGCAGAUAAUGUUUGCAAGAGAGAGAAGAAAGAGGGGGAGGAUGGAUAGAAGAAGGAGAAAAAUGAACUGGGAAAGAAAUUAAAGAUAAGGGUGGAGGCGCAAUGACAGGAUGAGGGGAAAGCAUUGAGACGUGUGUCUGAGUGUGACUGUAUGUUGACAGGAUUGACUAACUUUUAAAAAUAUUUGCAUAGGAGUAAGCUCAGACAUGCACAUAAACAUGCGGUAAAGUGCGAAAAGGCUCCACUCGUUGCCUAUCUUUUUGCACAGUAGUUUGAGACAACUGGAGUGGAGCAGGGAGGAAAAGUGACAGUUAUUUAUGAGUUCUCUCUCAAACAAACACUGGCUGGAGGAAAUCGGGAGCAGUGGAGGAAACAAUAUCAGUCUUACCUCCUACUCGGUUGGCCUAACACACCUGGAGAGCCACCUACACUCGUGUUAUUUGUCCAUUAGUGAAUAUGUGUUUGUGUGUGUUUGUCCACAUGUAGACAGUGGGAGAGAGAAAAGUGUUUCUGUAUUUGAGGACAGAGGUGAAAAUCUUGUAUCAGCACAGAGACUGCUCUGCUUGAACUAAUGAAUGAUUUGUUGAUGACUUGGGAUAGUGGAAAAAUGUCCAAUUUUAGUUACUUUAAGUGCUGCAUUUUAUACCGUUGACCAUGCAAUUUUAAUGCAUUAUCUUAAACUCUGGGCUGGUGUCUCCAGUUUAGCUUUUAAAUAGUUUUAUUCUUAUUUAACUGGGAGGUCUUUUAGUGUUGCCAUCGGAAACUCAAGGCUAAUUUGUCUUGUGGGGUGCCUCAGGGGUCAGUUCUUGGACCACUCCUAUUUUUCAAUGUGCCUCUUGGACAUGUGGUCCACAGACACAGCAUUGAUUUCCAUUUUUAUUCUGAAGACACGCAGCUCUACCUCUCUUUUAGCCAUGACAACCUGGAUCACAUCUCCUCACUUACUAACUGUAUAACUGCCCCUAAAAAUGGAAGACCUACAACUUCCUACAUCUAGAACAUGAACAAGACAGAGGUAAUCAUAAUUGGCCCAGACACCACACACACCCACGUCUCUGAACAUCUAGAGCCUCUCUCAGCAAAUAUUUUUAACAGCUGCAAAAAUAUUGGAGUCAUUUGUAACAGCAACCUCGGUCUGGAGAAGCACGUCGAUUCAGUCAUUCAAUCAUGUUUUUAUCAGCUUAGAAGACUUUCCAAAAUCAGUUAUUUGCUUCCCAGAAAACACACUGAAACUAUCAUACAUACCCUCAUCUCCUCCCACAUGUACUACUCUAAUUCCCUUUAUUCCUGUCUAUCACAGCAGAGCCUAAAAAAAACCCACGGCUAGCCCAGAAUGCUUCUAACUUUUAAAGUACUAUCCGAACUUGCCCCCUAAGUACAUUGCCAAUCUCCUUUCACUUUAUGAGACCAGUCCCAAGGGUCUGCUUGUUGUUCAAAAGUCCAGGCCGAGGACUAAGGGGGACCGGGCUUUUUUUGUCAGGGCCCCCACUAUCUGGAAUAAACUGCCUGAAAUGAUCAGACUGACAAGUUCCUUAUCUUCUUUAAAAUCUUUCCUAAAAGCUAAUUUUUAUAAAUUCCUUCUACUGGAUAUGAGUUUAAAGUUAGUUUUUAACUGAGUUUUAACUGAUUUUAUUUUGUUUAACCUGUUUUCCUAAAUUUUAACUUGGUUUGAGUUUCAUCCUUUAUUGAAUUCUAAAUCAUUCCCUAGACCGAUUGUAUCGAUGUCUUUACUGCUGUAUGUUCAGUCAACAUAGUAACUGUUAUCAUUUCAUUCAUCAUUGCUAUUUCUAUUCUAUUUUUAUGUUACGAAACACUUUGUAACUCUAUUUUGAAAAGUGCUAUUUAAAUAAAGUUAUUAUUAUUAGUAUAUCUUACCAUCACAACAUACAGUAUGAUAUCAGCAUUUGAUUGAUAAAUUAUUAAUUAAUAGUAUUUAUAUUGCUUUCUAUUUCACAGGUGUUUAAUACCCUGUAAUAUACAUUUGUAAUUUGUGAGGUCAACUGUGAAAGAUAGUAAAAAAAACAAUCAUCAUGACUAACCGAAGUGACGACUGCAGCAAGUUUUUAUUUAAGUCUGCCAUCUGGAAAAGAGCCUACACACCUGCCUGUUGUAAAAACACUGUCUCCUCACUCACACAGUAUGAUCUUGAAGAGAUCCUGUGAUAAAAUCUACGAUAUAGGAAGCUCUACUGCUGAGACGUGCAUGCACACUCAUGGGAAAAUCAUUAACUAUAAAUGUAGUCUGACAGUUUAUAAUAAAAUUAAUCUCAUGACAAAACUGCGAUCGUGCAAACAGGGAAUCCCAGGAAAGCAGUAAAGUUUGUGACCAAACUUUGCAGACAUCUGCUGUUCUCAGCUCUGGAAAUGAUUGUGGCCAGACGUGUUUGAAUUAAUUAUUGAAGUCUGGCUGUUUCCCUUUUCUGGCAGAAAGUUUUAAAUCUUGGAUGAUGUACAUCUGUUCGCUUAGAUACAACAAGAUGGCAGCUUAAAGAGCUUCAAUAAAGAAUGACAGAGCAAGACAAGAUGGGACGGUGGUCACACGCAUUAACACCUCUCUCGCUAUGUCCCUUCCUCUCUCUCUCUCUCUCUCUCUCUCUCUCUCUCAGAGGAGGCCGUGAAUGAGGUGAAGCGACAGGCGAUGUCAGAGCUGCAGAAGGCUGUGUCAGACGCAGAGAGGAAGGCUCAUGAGAUGAUUUCAGCGGAGCGCUCAAAAAUGGAAAGAGCGCUGGCUGAGGCCAAGAGACAAGCAUCUGAGGAUGCACUAACGGUCAUUAACCAGCAGGAGGACUCAAGUGAAGUGAGUAUCACAGACCCCCCACCUACAUUUCACCUCGUACUUUUCUCAUUUGCUCUCAAAGUCCUUGAACUCAUUCACUACAUGCUUCUCUGCCCCGUUAUCCAUCCGUUUAUUCCUUGUCUUCUGAGUUGUCCUGUUCUGUGUUAUCUGCACAGCUGUCUGCUUUUGAUUUUUCGCUGCAACAUGUUGUCAUCAUUAUUGCAAAAGCAGUCCAGUUGUCUGCACACAUUAAAGUAGACAGAGCCAGAUGGUCGGAGCAGAGAGCCAGGCUGAGGCCAUUACAGAGCAGUUGACCACCACCUGCUGGUUACACAUACCAGUGGAGUUGGACCAGGACUCUAAAACUUAAAAUCAAGUCCUCCUGCGAAGUGUUAAAAAAAAUCAUUCAUUUAAUGUUUUGAUUUUUGUGCAAAAAUUACUGUUCUCUCUUGGAACAAAAAAGAGACUUAUUUUUAUCAUCCCACUCUCUCCCCACUGUCUCACCAGAGUUGCUGGAACUGCGGAAGGAAAGCCAGUGAGACGUGCAGCGGCUGCAACACGGCUCGCUACUGCGGCUCCUUCUGCCAACACAAAGACUGGGAGAAGCACCACCACGUCUGUGGACAGGGCCUGCAGGGGCUGCCAGGGGGCAGCAGUGUCCCUCUGGGCACCCCCUCCUCCUCCGCCGCUUCUUCAGCGUCCUCCAACGCGCCCCCCACUCACUCAGAGAGCACUCCUCCAGGACCUCUUUCCCUGGUGGGCCAGAGCAGUAUUGUGGGUGGGGGCGGCAGUGGCAGUGGAAGUGUGUCCGCCAGCCCCAAGGAGAGCAGUUCCAGCAGUGCCUCUCGCUCUACAACUCCAGCUACCCCUGCCCUGCUGGAUGCAACUUCUCGCUGAAGUCGGACCCUCGUCCCCCUCCCCUCGUGUACUGAUAUGACAGUGCUCACUCUCCACACAAAACCAAACUGAGGAAUCUUCAUCGCACAUUGCUCCCUUUCCUCCUCCCCACUUCCAGCUCUUAUUUCUCACUUAUGCUGAGCCCUUCUGAAAAUCUCGUCACUACUUGGUGAUCGGUGGUCACCUCACCCCCCUUUGUCUCUUUAACAGCCACACAUUCAAAGAUUUCAGCCUGGGGUACAGUGUAGUGGAAAGCAUGAAAUGUGUCUCCCGUAGCUGUGUUGAGUCACAGAAACAUAUCAGAUGAGUUUGACUUGAAGAUUCGACUAGGAUGUUCCCUCAGUAAGCAUGUUAAACUCCGUCCCCAUGAGGACACAAGAUAAGGGCUGUGGGAAGGAAACAUAAAUCAGGGGGGAUGAGUAGGCCGAUUAGCACUUGGAUUGGAUUUCCCUUUAAUUUAGCACCAAUGACAGAACAGUACCCAGCCCUGAGAUGUGCACUACCAGUCCAACCAGUUCACUGAUGUGGCAUUUCCUCCAGUGUCCAAGCUGAGACAGGAUAGGAAUAUUAGACUCCUUUUUUUUUCCAAAUGAAUGAGGGAAGAGGAAUGAUCUGUGAUGUGAUUAAUUCCUCAGACACAGUUUAGUAUUUAUUAAGAGUUUCUUUCUGGCUUUAAGGGGAAAUAAAGAAAGUCCAAAUAUUCUAAGUAAAGAAGAAUAGUGAUGAUGAUGAUGAUGAUGAUGCUGAUGAUAACAAUAAUAAUAUGAAAAUAAAUUAACUUUAAACUGCUAACUACCUUGCUAGCGAGCCAAGAAAAUCUACACCGGACUCACCUCUCUGCACCAUUGUGAACCCAAAUGAAUUCAAAGAUGAAAAAUAACAUGAUCCAAACCUUUGUAUUACACUGCCAAAGUGAGUAAGCAAGCGAUAAGGAGAAGCACUCAUCUUAUAACCAAACGCAAAGCAACAUCACCUCCUCAGCAGAAAAAGCCAGCCCUGAGAGGACUGGGCUACAGAGAGGCUGCAGAACGGGACCCAGAGAUAGUCAACCAGUGAAGAAGUAACUAAACUGUGACCGGCUUAGAUCUGCAGCCGUUUCCUGCAGUCUGGACUAAAUGACAGCUAUCCCUCAGCGAUGGCCCAGACUAGAGAAUAUGGACAAAGCUGUGAACUUGCCUAUGAGAAAGACUAAAGGAAAUGGAUGGAAACCCUGCCACAGUGUGAUUUUUUUUGUGAAUGGUAACAGAGAGAAAAGAAGAGGAAAGGAAAAGCAACACAGCCUCAAAGGAGAUGACGUUAUAAACAUGGCAAUGGAGCUGCCAAAAAACCUCAAAACAAGCUUGAAAACAUUGUCCGAGAAGGCAUUGCAUACAAUGGGAAGAUUGUUUGUUAGUCCUUUUUUUUAAAGCUCCAAAACGAGGGAGAUAUUUCAAGGAAUUGCUGUUACCUUUACAUUCACUCCCUCCUUUUCCAAAGCAUGAUAAACAGAUAAAAGAGCCGGAAGGGCGGUGUAGACUUGGUUCUCCUCUCUCUUUCUACCUCCCCUCGCCCCACACCUCCCUUCAACGCUCUUCCCCGACGACUUGACUCGACUCUCCCCCCUCCCCCCUCAUCCUGCUUUGGACAGCGCCUCAGAGCAGUCAUGUGGGAAGGGUUUGAACCUGCUUGUAGAUAUUGUCCCUCUUUUCAAAUUUCAAUAAUGUCUCUUGUCGCUGAUGUCCAUACGUGCUGCCCUUGUGUAUAUCCAGAAAGAUGUUUUGGUUUCGUUACUUUUCAGUUUCCUCCUUUUGAGUUUGGGCUGAGCAGUGAAGUCAGAGCAAGAAGGAGGCCCCACAUUUGAUUUAUUGUUUGAUUUGUAUCUAUAUUGAUGAGAUGAAACCCCUCUUGUAGAAUAUUUUGUAUCGCUCGCAUUGUAAGACAGUGAGAGGACGGAGGUGCAAUAUGAAGAGAAUUCAGCUACUGAAUGGAACCUCAGCAACUGCCCAUAGGGUGUCAUAUAAUAUAGAUACAUAUAAAUAUAUUUAAAGUAACAUCAGUAACUUAAUGUGAAUGUACAUAGUAUUUAAAGAGGUCCAAAAAUGUGUUUGCCAAAUAACAGAAACCUUUAAACUUUAAUACCCAGAAUAUGAUUUCCUCACAGUACAUUAGCUUCUCAAAUUUACCAAUCCCAUUUUUUUUUUUUUUUCAUUUUAACAGUUUUCAAAUCUGGAAAAAGUGUCAUGUGACCCUGAGGGGACUCUUAAGUGGACUGCAAUGCAUGCAGCUGAGAUGAAAACAGCUUAAAGUCGAUGAAAACACAUCGAGGAUGAAUAGACAUUGCUUAAAAUUACACGCAAAUUUCUAAAAGUACUAUUUUGUUAAUGUUUUACUCCCCUCAUUAAUCAUGUAAGGGUAACCCCACAAAAAUCGAAUCUACAGUUCGUACCAAAUGAAGUUGUUGUCAUUCAUCUUGCAGGAAAUUAUUUAGGCUUAAAACAAAAGAUUAGCUCUUUUACACCAAAUUUAGAAAAUGUCCGUCUUGAUUCAUCUCAUCAGGUGUUCGUUUCUCGCCAUCCUUGCAUCCACGGCACUGACCCUCCUCGUUGGCCCUCAUCAACCUGUCCGUGUGUUUGAGUGUGAUAGGAAUGUUUGUCUCCCCCUGAAAUGCAGGAAAAAAAAUCACCACAAUAAGACUAACUUAUGCGCCAGUGUUAAGCUGUGGGAAAACCUCCAACCAAUUUUGAUAGAUAAUCUUUAAAAUGUUGCUUUUUUUUCCACUGCUAGUUGUUUAUUUGUUCCUUGGCAUAGGCUAAGGAUCUGAGACAGGUCUUUGUUUACAGGCCAAUAAAGUAGCAACGCUUGUUUAGGGAUUAUUUUCUUUUUAUCAGCUCUUCCCACAUGUUCCAGCUAUUUGAUCACCUCUUGUAGACAUGUGUGUGUGAAACAGCCCCAAAGCCUUUACGUACAGUAACACAAGGCCUGUAGCAGCCUCACCUGCAGCCUAUACUGAUUAUAGUACACCCUGCAUUGUGGGCUUUACACACACUUGGACCAAACUUGAAAAUAUAUUUCUUUUUUCUGUUUGCAGUGAGUGACAUGAGAAAAAUAAACAUUUUUGGGAUUAUGUGAGACUUAAAAAUAGAAUUGGAUAAGCUACAAGGUACCCCUGCAUCCACGUGUAGCAUUUAUGUAUGCGUGUUACGAUUACCUUAAUAUUGUGUCAACCUCAGCCUUUUUGUGUCUUGUUCCUGUGAUGUCCGAUUCCUCCACUUCUACCACAGACCACUCUUCAUAACCCCCCCCCUCACACGAGCUACCUCCUGUGACCAUACAGCUAACCACCAGGAGAGGUUGACCUGGACUUUGAAAAGCUGGGCUGAAAGCAGACAUGGAAACACACAUGGUAAAAAGCGCUCAACGAAUCAGUUGGAAAAGCAUUGCCAUUGUCUGAUGCACAGAAAAAAAAUGUAUUCUUCUCAGACUUCACAUUUUUGAACACAUCCUUAUAACCAAACUGAUACUGCUGGAAUUUGUUAAGAGGUACACAUACAGUCAAACCUGCAUAUUCCAGAUUUAACACAGAAUAAACCAUGACAUGCCAUUGUUUGUCCAAAACCAAUAAAAGCACAGACCAAAGUACUUCUGCAUCGCCAUAGUGUGGCUUUGACACAGUGUGUAUCGACAGACCAGAAGUAAUAAGGUUAGAGCUCCUCUAUAGCACUUAACCAAAGUGUCUGAGAUACACACAAUCAGGGCAUAAGAGCGAAGAGCACGGUGAGUUAACUGACUGAGUUUAAAUGUGUGGACUUUCUCAUUCAAGCAAUCAAAGCGCUAGCAGCUACACAUUGAAUAGUGCUUCUGUAAAAAAACAAAAGGAGCAUUUCAUUUUGGAUAAGCCUGAUUGCAUGUUCUUACAGUUACAAAGCCUUGCAGAGAUAAAACGACUACAUGUGUGUUUGUAUCUGAGUGUCAGAGUGUGUGUUUUUGUAUUAUAAAAUAUUUCUUUUUGUGUCUCUGUAUAAACUACUUGAAACCUUCAGAGCUUUAAUGAAAUAUCCCAGACAGACUACAGUGGCAGAUCGAUUCACGAUAUGUAGCAGCAGCUAUGUGCAGUAAAAACAUCCCAUUUGAUAAUGUGUGAUGGCAAUGCUUUUCGACUUUUUCAGUGCUUUGUGUGUGGGCUUGUCUGCGAGUAGGCCCUUAAACAAACUAAACAAAAACCAAACCCAAUACACCUGUUAUAUAUGACCAAAAUAUAACCAAAAGCUACAAUUUCACCUUUCAUAUUACUCUUUGGUUAAGGGUUUUCGUGUCUGUCAGCUUCAUCAUGUCACUAAACAUAUGAGAUUCAUGCUGAGGUGUCAUAUAUUUUUCUCUGUGAAGAUAUUUUUGAUGGCAAAUGCAGAAGGGCUCUGCUGUUGUGAAUACCAUCCUAGGGUCUCUGAACACUUUACAUCAGCCACUUUUCUAUUGGUUUCACUAUGUACAUGAAAUGGACAAAAUGCAUGUUUAGAAAAGACAAAUACUAGCAGGUUGGUAUUUGUUUCUCCCUACCCCAACCAGUAACUCUACCAAUGAAGAUUCAAGGCUCCUCUGAUGAGACGGCGACUCGUCCUUCCUGUGAAACAGGCACUGAUAAACAGCUACAGUAAAAAGCUAAAGAGGCAAACAGUGGAUACAGCACUUGUUUUCUCAAAAAGCCAUGGCUCAGGAUGGUCCUGUUUUUACCUUUACAUGAAUUGAAAAAAAAAAGGUUUUAUAUGUGUAGGGAAGCAUUCUAUACUGUAUUGUGCAAUACAUUGUUACAGAAAAAAACACGUUUCUGUAGGAAAGGUUGGCGCUUUGAAGAUCUUUCUCCUUUUGUUUCAUUUCCCUCUUCAAAAGGUCCUGUUGCCGUUUUUAGAUGAAUUAACUGUGCCAGAAGAAUUAAAUUCUGAUUUGUAUUUAUUUCUUGCAUGCUUUCCUCCCUGUUGCUAAUACUGCUCUUUAACUGUUCGCUCUGUUGGAUGUGUGAAGCUGUAAAACAUUCUAAUUCAGGUUAUUGUCUGUGUUGAACAAUGUAACUGUGUAAUUAAAACAUGAAAUGAAGUAUUCAUUAUUUGUGGUGCUUUUCCUCUUGACUCACAGGCAUACUCUAAGACAGGGAAAUCAUCUAUUGUUAUUGAGUCAUCACUAACAAAAAGCUAUGAUUUCAACUUCAUAAACCAUAUCAUUACACUUCCUCGUGUCUGCAGAAAUGGGAUCUCAAGAUCUGAAUAACAAACAAAACAAAACAAAACAAAAAACAGUAGAAUUAAUAGUCUCUAAAUCAAUCUGUACUCAAAAAAAUGCAUGCAGUUCAUAUGUUUGUCAGAGUAACUUGAACUUUCUAUAUAUAAGUAUAUGGUAAAUGAAAUAAACAUUGACUGAAUUCAUUUUAUCUACCUCCAUGUACAGCUCUAGCAAAACUUUCUCACUAAUGUCAUCAUUUAUCAUUUUCAUGCUAAGAUGACUUUUGGAUGAUGUUAUUUAAACAACAGGGGACGCAUAUCAAGCAACAACCUCUGGUUUUACAAAAAAGGUCAAUACAGAAAUGCUAAAGUAUAUAUCAUUAUAUAAAAUGAAUAUAUAAUAUGCUGCAGAAGCAGCAGGGGGUUGCCUUUUUGAAACCCUUUAAAGAAGUCAACACUUCUGCAAAAGUAAACAUGUUUAAAGCCUAGAUUUAAAUAAAUGGUCAGAAUAGCACACUUUUGCACAUGCUCAUACUGUUAUGUACAGUUUUUUUUAAUAACUCAUUCAUUUAGAUCCAUUGAAGUUACAUCUUUGGCAACACUACAGUCAUGGCUGGCUCGACUGAUAGGUAGGCACCAUGGACUUUAUAAUAAAUGGACGCAACACCAGCGUCAACCAUCUGUUUUUUUUACCAGAGCAAAACCUCUUUUUUAAAACCAUUGUGUCAACAUAAAUUCUUGCUCUAAAAGUGUCUAUUCGAAUUGGUGUGUAUGUGGUUUCUGGUGCUUCUGCACUUACAGUAACUUCAGUUUUCAGCACUUCCACAUUGGCUUUAUUUCCCAAGACCGGACGUUGCUGCUUUGUGGGCAUACAGUCGCUGUUAGUGAAGAGGCAAGAAGACCUCGUCAACUCUGUACGGCUUCAAAACCCUACAUCAGAAACCAACUGGAGAUGUCACUGAGAUGAUGUUCAUGGAAAGUGCCUUGAGGAAAUCAUGGUCCAAAAUAUUCUACUAUACCUCCUAUUAUUGAACAAGUUUAAACAAGUUUAUUAUCUGGAGAUAAUGAGAUAAACUAAUGUGUAAAAAUAUUACAACUUUUUUUUGUCCAAAAAUAACUAAAUAAAUCAGUCAAGAUCUCAUUAAAACAAACAAAAAAAAAAAAACUUAUAAUAGAAAAUAGAACUUAAAGAGAUAUUCCGGUGUAAAAUUAAUUCAGGGUCAAACACAUCAUAACACAGAGUUAGACACCCCCUCGAGAGAUGAAUGUUGCGGACCACUUGCUUCUCUAGUUAUACCAACUUUAGUAACGACCGCAAGAUAGAAAUACACAGCGGUCUGAGGACCCAUAAACAAUCCUCAACCAAAACGCCACUCUAUAGC